GCCAGUCGACUCCGGGUUUGAUGCGGUGAUGAAGUCCUGGGUGACCAGCUCACUGUAGUCAGCUCCCUGAGCCACUUAAGAGCACAACUUUUUCAAUCCGCUCCGUGUCGAGUCUGGUACUUUGUUAGGAGAAGAAAGUAGAUAUCCUUCCUCAGCUACAGACACAUUUUGCUCGUCAAUUCAGGCCAGACCAGACGUCUCGCGUAACAUCCCCACAACACCUUUCGUGUUUUCCCCCUCCGGCAGCAAAAUAGUCUGGAGCUUUUACGGGGAAAACGCACUUUGGUGGACUUGUUUUCAAGAAGAUGUGGAAGAAGGGACGAGUCGACUCUGAGUAAAUCCAUCUCUGCCUGUUUUCAGACAUGCAGUGAGGAGCCCCUGUUUGUGGAUCCAACCUGCUCGGUCCUCGCGCUAAGGGGAUAAUUUGGGAGAAGUCGCGUGAAACACAAAGAGCGUUAUUAACACCGAGGAUACAACUAGUUUGAACCAUGCAGAGAGGACUCAUGCUGGAGAGGAGGUGCAGCACCCUGCUUUGCUUCUGACUUGUGCUUUCCUACGGACAGUUUCACCACAAUACAAAGUUGGACAAUUAGGAGAACUUUCCAGUCCGACGUUAAAACCCUACCUAUUUAAGGGGCUGUACCCACUCGUGGUGCUCUCUAGUAAAAACCGACUGAUAACCGCACUUAGCUAAAGUGUAUUUUUCUACUGCAGUGAUUUGACCACAGUGUGAGGCUCUUUGAACUGAAGUCCACUUUAAAUGCGGACUGGUUUGCGGCCAGGGAGUGCACAGCCGAGCUGCCACUGCCAAUUGAUUUGUAAUUCAAGGCAAGAGAGAAGUGGGGUUACUAUUUUACCGUCUUUAGCACAAACAUCAUGGAGCUGACAUACCGGAGCAUCGUCCUGCUGGGGUGCAUCUUCCUGGAAUGGGUGUUCAUGGCUUCUGCAGAGGAAGGUGAGUGUGGAGUUUCUCCUCUGAAAUGCUGUCUGGACUUGUUUUUUUUUUUUUUUUUUACUGUGGUUACACGGCUGAGUGAAAUUUCUAAUUAGUCUUGCAUCCUGUUCUUCAGAGCAAUGGGAAGUGCAGUAAAACCACAUGGUAAUUGUAAUGUGGAUCAUGCCAUGUAAUGAUCACAAAAGGGAUAGGCAAGUGAAAGGGGAGUAAUGAUCGAGAUCUCAAGCUUUUGCAUUUUAUUUCAUUGAUAGCUUUGAUCACAAAAGGGAUUUAGUAUUCAUGCAAUUGUCUUUCUCUUUAUUUUGAAGGGGCUACUUUCAAUUUUACCCUCCCUAAACGACAAAUCCAUUGGUUUUAUUCUAUUAACACCUUAAAGAAGGCUAUUUCCACGCCAUAGGAACUGUUCCUUUUCAGUAUCAAGUCAUCAAUAGGUUUCCAGACUUCACCUGAGGGGGCUUUAACUAGCUCACCUUCACAAUCAAUAUAACAUGGGGGCUCUGAGGCUUGUACAAGGCUGCUCUGAUUUCUGUGGUUCAGCAAAGAGAUGUACAUGAUGCAUUUUUUUGCUUUGAGGAGAGUGAAAAAACUAAGUAUCGAACAAGUUGUCUUGAUGAUAAUAAUUUUAUACCAGUCCCUGACAGCAGACUUGACAUUAAUGGGCGUUUUGUCCUGCAUCGUCUUUGUGAACCCUAGAGGGACAAAUUAAGAGAGCCUUGAAAUUAGCUGUCAAAACGUUUAAGAAGAUGAUGUUUCAAGUUGUCUGGCUCUACAGGCGAGUACAGCUCGGCAUCAUCAGCAUAACAACAGGGCUAGUGUCUGGGUAAUUUGCUUAAUGCAGGGGUGGAAGCCUGAGCCACACUGACAGAUCAGAAUAAACUGGAAAAAUGUUGAGUGUUUGUUUAUUUCUCCACUGCUGUCACUGUCCCUUGUCUUUUUUUUAUGACAUUAAUGGGGAAGUUUCUGUGGUAAACAGAGAACUUCAAACUGAUUUGAGUUGGUAAAAAUGCUGCCGAGACAACUGUCUGUAAAACCUCAGAUAGAAAACGACUUUGGGAAUAAUAGGCUUGUGUUGUAGUGAGAUCAAAGCAUAACAACUGGGUUUCUUUAAGAGCUGCUGAACUGCAGGGAUUUUAGAAGUACAUUACAGCUGUGUAGGCUGCACGCUGCUGCGUUCCUAUGAAGAGUCCUCUUUAUUCUCCAUCAUUGGUUGGCUGGUGUGCUUAUGUGCAGCUGCUCGUGGUGAUUUCAUUGUGAUUCAAUAUGGGUUUUUCUUCUAUAGUAAUCAUAAAAUGAGAACAAUAGGCAUGACAUAUACAUACAUGAACCAAAGACAAAACAGACAUGUCUCUGGCUAUACGAACGACUAAGAAAAUAAAUUAGCCAUGAAAACAAAGACCACCCCAACAAUGAAACUUUCCCCAAGUCUGUUCAUUCCAAUCAAUAGUUGCUGUAAACAGGAACACCAUGAACAUGCAUGACUUCACAUAUUCUGUGGCAGGAACAUGAAUCUGUCAGCUGCUUCUGGUUUCAGGCUGGGCGCCAUAUCCGUUGGUAGAAAUGCCCUGUCUUGGCACUUACAGUACGACUUCAACUAUGGACUGUACAAACACACUAUGGCUGUAGUGCACAUGUGAUACACCACAAGGGUGUUCUGGAGGCUCCUUUUCCAAGCUUGGAUAUGUUGCUCGUGCAUACAGACCCAUCAGAAGUAGAUGUUGAAUAACUGCCACUUCUAAGAGUUGGAAUUCUUGUGGGGUAAACCUUGUUGACUUUGUAUUUCAAGAGAGGAGUUUGGGAUUUUCCCACACACGCACGCACGCACGCACGCACGCACGCACGCACGCACGCACGCACACACACACACACACACACACACACACACACACACACACACACACACAUACUUGGUCUUCUGGCAGACAGGGAUCAGGCCAGUCCAGAACUGUGGCUUCUUCCUCAGGUGGGGGUUUACAACUCUAAGUUCAUUAAGUUCAUUCAUUUUAGUGAAGAAAUAUCAGUUUUUUUCAGCUGGAUUAACCCACCUUUUCAUGCAUAUCUCUUUUUACUCUUCUUACUCAGAAGGCUUCUUUUUUAAACCUCCUCUGACCUCUUGGCUGAGCUUGCUCUGUUGUGCAUGAGUAGGAUGUCUUUUCUGACAACAACAUUUUCUUGCUUUCUUCUAGAGGUCAAAUGAUGACAACCUGUUUGGCAAAUUCAUGAAGAGUAAAUCUUUUUAGCAUUCAGAAAACUGUGUUCUCUGACACCUCUACGCCUGGCCUCAGUGACAGGCAUUACAAAUUACUGGAUGACAAAAAAAUUUCCCCCAUGGGGGAUCAAUAAAGGAAUAUUCUAUUCUAUUCUAUAGACAUUGUCUGUCGCAUCGUUGAUGGUCUCAUUUGCCUCAUACUGAAGAGACAUCAGUAUUAAUUCCAGUCAGUCAAAAAUUCUUUAAAAGAAAACACUCGCUGAAAAGUUAUACAUCACUAAAUUAUACUGUCUGCUUGGCUGUGAUGCCAAGUUCUGCUAAAAGUUGGUUACACUUCACUCUGAGUUUUAUUUCAGGCAUAUCGGCUAAUUUAUAUGCAAGAUACAAUUUUUAUAACAGUAAAUGGCAUGUUGGCUCUAUGAUAAUCUGCCAGCCACAACAUCAGUCUCCCUACAAGCUUUCUCCUGGUCACAAGAGAUGUGUAACCUCAGGUGAAAGCGUGGGAAGCAGUGCCCAGCGGUUUUUUUUCUUUCUCAUGGCAGGCUCAUCAAACAUGUCACUUUCUCAGGAAACUCAGAAAUGAUGUCAGACAAUUUGGCUCUGCUUCUGCUGUGCUGAUGUUUACAAGAUGCUGGCUCCAAACAGGUGCAGCACAGGCUGGGAGAACGACAGACAUGUAGACAGAAGCCGAGGGGUCAUGGCGCCUUGUAGACUGUUUCCAGAACGUGUGUGUCUUGCCAAGUGCGAACAAGAUGUCUGGUUUCCGUGUCUAGGGUAAUGGCCCGCUCGUCUGCCAGCACACUCCAGAUCAUCCUCCCCACUUGUUCUCCACCUAGCAGGGAGUUCUGUAAUGAACUGAUGGGAGGGUAGAUGAAGCUCACGGCUGCCAAAUCUCUCCUCCUUUUCCAACUAAAGGAUAAACGACUCACUUACGCUCACCACUCGCUCGUUUCAGUCUGUGGAUCUCUUUUCCUUCUGUCUCUGGGAAGAUUAAAACACUGGGCUUUUGAUCAGAUAAUUACUUUGGCUGGAAAUUAAUAGCAGGCUUUGGUUGAAAAUAGUAUUGAGGAUUCACUCUCAUGGUCACACGCACAGGAAAACGAACAUUCUUUCUCUGCGCUUCUUUGCUGUAAAGUAUACAGCACAUGCUGGUAAACCAAGGCCGCUUACUAAGAUUAAAAACAAGCUCUAUAAGGUUUUAAAAUAAAUUUGACUCCAGAAAUGCUCUUUAUCCUCUCACACCUUACUCAUUCUUUCAACUGUGACCCAACAAUGAACAUAUUUUGAAACAUAUUUGAUUUUAGAAAUGUUCAAUAUCCUCCCACUCACUGGCCCAACCUAUGAAGUACUCACCGUGUUGUUUCCCCUAACCCUCGAAAUUCCAAUCACACACAGUUUGACUGCAAGACGCGAUCCGUGACAAAGCAAAAAAAGUCUUUUGUAGUGUUCAGGUCCAUAGUUAUGGUGAUUUAAAACUGUAUGCGCAGAAUCAGACUCAUAUGACCAUUAUCCACCCAGAUGGAUGGCAUAUUCGUCUCUGUUCCAUCUUAUUUCCAUGGCUGGAAGGCAUUUUGGAGAGCAGCACUGCUGAAUCACCCGUGCGAGCAGCAGAGGUGUAACAGGUUUAUAGAUCAAGUUUCCGUACAAAUUUUCAUACAUAUUUCAAAUGGGACUUGGCAGUGUGACAAAACCAGUUUUCACGAUUUUUUUCCCCCUCUUUUUGAUUAAUGAAGGAUUGUUUGAAGAUUAUCCUCAAAAUCCCGAAUUAAGUAGUUUAAUGCUUAAAAUCAUGGCUUCUGAGCUAAAGGGGGAUUUCAGGUGAGGCUGCAAGCUGAACUACCAGUAAUGGUUUACUGGUGGUUGGUCCAAGGUUUCUGCCACAUGCCAAAGAGACUCCUCAUUGACAGACUCAUUGAUCAAAACAACAACAAUGCAAAAUUUAACAGUUUCACAUUAAAACUAGCUUUGUUUUUUGGCUUCUUGGGCUGCUUACUGAGCUCCCACUUAAAGUUUCUUAUAUUCUUCUCAACCAGUUACAUUUAUCGCGUAAAUUAAAACCAGCAAAAAAUGGUGAGUUAAAAUGUUAACUUCUGUAGCAGUUUCAUGUUCAAAAUUAGUGUUUUUCUGACAUCUUAGUGGCAACAGACUGUCAGGAGGGGCUGCAGGCUGAGCUGUCAGUUUUAGGUCAGGACUAUUUUUGCCAGGGUUGUUCCCAUGGUUUCUACUGUGAGACAAAUCAUCCAGAGUUCUUGCACAGAACACAAAAGUUUUACAUCAGAGAACAUUUUUUAAUGCUCUUUGGCAGAGGUUUGGAUGGCUGCUUUUUUUUGAGCUUCGCCAUGAUCAGCUCUGUGACUUCUUUCAAAACUCCCAGGCAUUCAAUGAUUUAAAUUCCCUGAUUAGUUGGUGAAAAACGGCACGCACAGCAUAAAACUAGGCUGGAAAUUUGAAAUGUUUUACUUAUAAAAUGAAAUCACAGUAAUUGUUGUUUGUCACUUUAAUUGCUACCAUGUCAGAAUGAGAAUACUUCCCUGUGGGGAUAAAUCACAGCCCAUUGGCCAUAGAUUUUAUGGUAAAGUUGGACAAAGCUCAGUUUUUCCUCAGCCCAAAGUUGUACUUUUUUCACCUCAAAUUGACCAAAAAAAGUAUUAUUUAUUAGGGCUGUCAAAAUUGAUGCAUUCUUACGGAUUAAUCCAUCACCAUUAUUAAUCUGAUUAAAAAUUUUAACACAGGAUCACUCAAAAUCGCUAAAACUUUUCUGGCAAUGCAUUUUUGACAGUUUGUCCAAGUAGUGUUACUGUUGCACAUGCGCAGUUGAUCCGGUAGUGACAUGCAGCAGAACUAAAAAACUCGAUAUGGAAAACGAUGAGAAAUUUGAGAACAAAAAAAAAAAAAAUGGCCAAACAGAGUCGACCAACAUUAAGUAUUAUCCAGACUCUGCAGGAAGAAGUUUUCUUUUCACCAAGGCACUUCCAGCCUAAAGGGAUAUUCCGGCGUAAAAUUAAGUUAUGGUCAAACACACCAGAACACCGAGUUAGACACCCCCUUGAGAGGUAAAUGUUGCCGACCGCUUGCUUCUCUAGUUAUACCAACUUUAGUAAUGACCGCACGAUAGCAAUACACAGCCGUCUACACCUCCGCACGCAAACCUCAACCAAACGCCACUCUAUAGCCAUAAAUAAUGCUCAGAACAGCACCUAACUUUAUCAACAGUACAUAUAGGGUCCCAGCCACAGCACUAGCCACCAAACAUCUUUUUAGCUUUGCCUGAUUUCUUUAGCAAAGAGACUAAACACAACUCACCCACUCUCUUCCAGCAGCCGCUUAUUUGUGGGGGGAGCCCUAAUGCGUUGAUCACUGAGUGCUGUCUUGAGUCUCUUCGCUAAUGCAGAAUGAAACACAAUUAAUAUAGAUUAAAAAAUAAAUGAUAUUGAAUCAUGAUUAAUCGAAAUUAAUCCACAGCAACCCUGAGAUUAAUCUGAUUAAAAAUUGUAAUCGUUUGACAGCACUAAUUUUUAUAUGUAUUUUAGAUUUAUGUCUGUCAUGUUGACAUUGCAGUGAGAUAAACAGUUGAUGACAAAUGUCCAUAAGAAGAGCAAAAAGGAAGAAGAUGGAGUACGAACAAGAUGUACUGUAGACUAACCUAUGAACAAUUCAUGGACAGUUCAAGGCAAUGCUACUUUCCUCUUGUAUGUCCAUGUGAGAUUGUGAGCUUUGGUGACAGAAAAAACUCUCUUCUUCACGCCAUGAUUAUUUUGCUGACUUUGUUCCCGCCAGAUUGUUUGGCUUGGGUAGAAAGGUACUCAGUGAAAUGCUCCAUAAUGCUCUAGUUUUAUGCUUUCAUUCCAGCUGUGAUUGUGAAAUUGUUGUGGGAUUAUCUGAUGAAUGUUGCUGUCAGGUAAAGACAGUGACUCCUUAGCAAAAUGGUUUAUGUUUGCCUUGAAGGCUCGUGCUUAUGUCUUUAGUUUUCCAGCGUUAUAAAUCCGUCUCUAUACAAGCUGACAAUGGGCAGUGUUUUUUCUCUAAUAAGGUAUGUUACUGCAGCUGUACCGCCUCCUAUUUACACAUCAUCCCUCUACAUAGUGUGCAGCAGCUGAGUGCAGCUGCAUGUGCGAUUUGUUAAACAGAAACCCAUCAUGUUAGGGGGGUAAAAAAAAAAAAAAACAUUGACAGCACUUUUUAGCUCUGUCUGAUGGAGAGAGGGUUGAAGUGUCAUCCUGUCUCUCGCAAACUUUACACACGGCAGUGUUUUUUUCUAUAUCCUGCUCUCCAGCCCUCUUCAAAAGAGGUGGCAUUAACAUAUUUUGUUCAAAAUGACACAUGCAGCCUCACGAUUAAAGGACCAGCUCAAAUGGCUUAGGGAAGAUGCACCAAGGUCAGAGGAAAGAAUUCACGUCUCCAUUAUGAACAUAUUCCAAUUAUAAACAAUGUACUUAUUACAUUUUUUUGUAUGGAAAAAACUGCACAAAUGCUGAUACAUGGUCUCGCUCCAAAUUGAAUGGAUUGAAUAAGAUGUUAAAACUCAUCCGGAUGCAAAUUUUCUUGCUGAAAAUGAGUCGUGUAAUCUGUGGAUUGGUGUUGGUUGGAUGGGAGCUGCGAGAAAAACCAAUUAUGAAUCCAACAAUUACUCUAUUUGUAGAUUAAUCUGUUGAUUAUUUUCAAGAUAAGCUGCAUAGUUUGGGUCACAAUGUAUGAGAAUAAUACAAAAUGUUCAUUAGGGUUGUGAAAAGCACAGCACAACUUGUGAAAUCCAAUCAAAAAUGCAAAUGGCAGCUGUCCUUCAAAAAUGCAAAUGAUGGCAUACUAGAAUUAAAAUGCUGUUAUUUUUAGUCAGCCACCUCCCAUAAGCCUCAUGGAAAACAAAAGAAAAAUUGUCUGUUUUGUCAGGAAAGAAAGUCUAAGAGAUGGUUGGAUCAUAAAAAUGAUCGAUGAUGAAUCCUGCUGUAAGAUCUAUUGUUGAAAAAUGAAGCUAAUGUGGAAGUUCAGAAAGCUGCAGUUCAUUGAUUGUCCAGCUAAAGGCCGGCUCUAAACCCCAAGUAUCCUCCACUCAUGUUUGAUCGUCCAGUUGUACAGCAAAAGUUCAGUGUUGACCGUCUGGUAAAAACAAGUGGUUCAGUCUGAAAUAGUCAUUUCUUUAUUGGUUAGCGUGAGGGUUGAUCUUUUUAAAGAACUAAUCUGAUUGACUCACAGUUAACUAAAGAUUUUCAUAAUUAGGGGCGUGACUGAGUUGACCAGCAGAUGGGGGCAAUUUAAGUGUGUGCCAGGAGGCUUACUCCACCUCUUUGUCUGUCUCCAGGCUUACUAAAGGUUUAAAAGAGUAGGUUUGGUUGGGUGGAGUUUACCACCAGUGUGUGGCCUCAAUAAGCCUCUUAAAAUGUAAAAAACAAUGGCUCACUGAGACCAGAUCAAUCUUGUCUUAUCUAGUCUCUGUGAUUAAUGUUAUAGUUUGCCAACUGUGGAGUAUGGGACAGGGUAAAGUUAGUGAACAGGCUGCUAAACUGCUAACACAUCAGCUUAUUUCAUGAAAGUACAUUUCCUGGUUUUAGCCUUGAUGUAAACAAAUCAACUUUACUAGCCGUCUUCCUGCACAUUAAUGUGACCACAGAGUCCAUGAUUGGAGCCCCAUCCCUAACAACAGUCGGUUCUUCUUAGCAACAGUCAGUUAUUGAGAAAUAGUAGACUGUUGCUAUGGUAUUGUGUUAUGUAAUUAAGAGUGAAGUAGCCAAAGCAGCAGUGUUCUUAUUGAUCUAUAAAAAGUUUCAGUUUUAAAGCCACUUUACAUCUGUAUCUUUCAUAAACAAAUACUGCUGCACUCACCAGUUUUUCAUAUCCAGUCGGCUAAAGUAAAUCCACCAGCCUUCCUCUCUGUGAUGAAAAACACUUUACGCAUAUAUUUGUGUAAUAUACUGAAAGACUGCUUAUAAGUGAACACCGAGAUCGACAUCCACCCGCCAAGGAGGUUCAAUAAAGGGGGCAGCUCGAUCUUUUUAAACACAGUCUGUCGUCUGUUUAUUCUUUCACCUCCUGACUCCUCCUCAGCAUAACUAGCCUGAUGAAUAACAUAAUGCUUCUCAAUCUAAACCCAAACUCACGGAGUGUCUCUCACACACACACACAGCAAGAAUGUUUUUAUCUGAGAGGCCUUCCUUGAGCCUGAAUCCCCUCUUUCACAGACAUGUAGCCUUUUCUUUUGCUACUCUUUCCACGUCCUCUGUCUCCUUGAUGUUUGACUGCUGCUUUGCUGUUUUUCUCUUGCUGACUGUCUCCCCUGCCGUGGAAAUGUGGAUCGUUUCCCAGAAAUCCUUUUAAACGGAACCGAUUUUUAUAAGAAAGGGAUUUGCAUUUAAAGCAACCUCCCCCCCUCUCUGAAAGCCUGUAGCCCAUCAUCCUCAGCACCUCAAUCCGAUGAUUAGCUUCUUCAAGAGUUAAACAGGCAUCCGAGUGCCACAAGUACUCUCAGGCCGUGUCUCUCUCUCUCUCUCUAUCCCUCUCUCUCUCUCUCUCUCUCUCUCUCUCGCAGAGGAGGAUGCAUAUGGCAGCAGGGAAUUGCAGGUGGAUGAUAGUUUAGCUCGGUGAGAGGAUACAGCGCCAGCCCAUACAUCCAUGUCAGGCGUUCACUUUGGAGAGCCGGUCUGUCCUCCACCCACACGCUCCUCUCUCACUGAGAGUGGGACACAAUGGGGACAGGCUGCAGCAGAGAGGGAAUGAGGCCACAGCCUAUCAGCCAUAAGCACCAAGGAGAAUGGCACUUUUAGAGGGACGGGGGGGGGGAGUUCUCUUUGAAGUGAGUCAAGGAGAGACGUGGAGACCGGCGUGAGUCGACGAAAUAGAAAAAAAAGUGGGUGCAGGGAGGGCAAGGAAGGUGCAAGCAUGUGCACGUCUGCACACUGCAUAAUGAGCAAAGUAGGUAUGUUGCCUAUUUGCAUUCUGUAAUCAUACGCACCUGGGGCCAGAUCUGUGCUGGGCUGAAUAUGUGAUUAUAACAAGGGGAUUAAAAGGCCUUCAAUUAGAAGACAACAACAGGCAAGGAGCUGUUUAUCGCAGGUCCAUCUUGCCCUUUAUCUUGCACUGUAAUCACUGUUUUUUUUUAUGCUUAUUGAAAAUCCCCAUUGUGAAGCAUUUCCACACACCACUGCCAGCUGACGCCUCGCAAGGCUUUUGUCGUUACACUCAAACAUAGGACGAAAUCUUGGAGGAGGAGCACGCGACAUGAAGCUGCUGAGGCGUCUGAAGCUAGAUGAGCAGGAAUUGAUUACGAAAAAAGCGACCUUGAUGAAGAAAUGUCUCUGCUUGAAGCGUGCACCAUCAGUAGACUUGAUUCGAUUUGAGUCUGGGCUGUAUUCCUUCCUGCGUCACGGGUUGGUUGACCUACAUCUUGUGCUUGAUAUGCAAGUUUUUUUAGUUAAAAUGCAGUUCACUUGGUUUUUCACGACAAACCCGGAGAAGCGGUGCACAUUUUUCCUCCACCUUCAUGCUCGCCUCGCACACAGCUCCAGCAUGUCUCCCAGGGCCUGCUUUCAUACACAGCAUGAACCAUGUGGGCUCCGCUAUGUAAGGAAUAACAGAGACAUUCCUGUGCGCUAGCUGUCCUCCUACAGCUUACAGGCAGCUAAGAGUUAUAAGAAGGAGUCAUGAUCCAAAAAGGAGUGGGUCAGUUCACUGAAAGGUGUAUCGAACACCUUUUUUUUCUGGCUGCUUGGAAUCUUAUUUGGGAUCCUAUCUUUUAGGAGCGCUGCACACAAAAUGUCCUUCCUCUCACAUCCUUGUACAUGUUGCUUGUGCGUUCAAACUCUGUCCAAUCCAGAGUAAAGAGGAGUAAAUGAACACAAGCCGCUUUUGUGACAUUAGACCAGUGGUUCUCAAGUCCAGCCUCCCCUGCUCCAACACACCUGAUUCAAAUGAUCAGCUCGUUAUCAAGCUCUGGAAUGGCUUAACGAGCUGAUCAUUUGAAUCAGGUGUGUUGGUGUUCCAAGGACUGGACUUGAGAACCACUGCAUUAGACAAAAGUGUGGUUGUAAAAGGGAAAGAUUUUAUAAACUAUUGAAUACAGUGUGUCCGGCUGAAGGGAUGAAAAUGACGCCUUUUGUGCUUGAAUCAUCAAACAAACGGGCCCACAAUCUUUAUUCUAUAUAUGUCGGUCACCGCCUCACAAACGCCCCAGUCUGCAGGCUGGUGGGAGCGGCGCACAGGGCUGAUGAAUAGAAUUAGCUCUCAGCGUGUCUGUUGUUGUUUGAAUAUGAAAAAAAGCUCGAUGUGUCAGAAUAAAAGAGGAACUUCUCGCAGAAAAGUCUGUUUUCUUGUAUCUCUAGUUAGAUGUGUCAAUCCUUAGAUGGUUUAUUUAGCUGGAGUCUGCACUGUUAGCUUCAAGCUGUCCACCUCCCACAGCAGAUUAGUCACUGAAAGCUCUCUCUCUCUCUUACUGUGUGUGUGUGUAUGUUUAUGUGUGUGUGUGCGUGUGAGAGAGGGAGCGAGUUCCCUUCUGCAAGAUCCUUUUUUCCCUCCCCCCAAAAAUGAAUUGUGGAUUCUGCUUCAGUAAAGGCUUUGAUAAAAACUCUGUUUUAAGUGCAGCAGUAGACAUUUUUGGGGCUCAUGGAGAGUUCGUUAGAUGCUUCGCAGCAGUAGACGGAGCUUUGUGGGUUUUUAAUGGAGCCAGAUUUGAAAUAAGAUAGGUCACCUGUCAUAUAUUACUUUAUAAAAGUUCACAUUUAUAUGCCUUUCCCUCUCUUAACUGCUGGAGUUAUAUUUGCUGCUGCAUCUCUAAAGAUUAAUCUAUCAUUCUAGCCCUGUAGGGGAAAGCACACAUUGGAGUAGGUUUUUGGUGUCGAUCCAAGUCUUUUCUAUUCUUGACAAAAAGACACAAACACACUGCUAAUAAAUCUGUAGUUAACUGGCAAGAUAUAUACGCUCUAAUUAUUUGAAAAGACAGCUAACACGGGGGUGGCAGUGUCUCCUGUGGCUAAGGAAGAUCAUCCCAGAUUUUUCUCCAUAGUGUCCUCCCUGCAGGGAGCCGCUAUGUGUGACCGACCCUCACCUCAGGCCUCAAGACAAGAGGAUAGAGAUCCUCUUAAAGGAUUGAGAAAGUGUUUGAAAACAAGCUCAUAGCCGGCACUCCCAUGGUGCUUUUUUUUUUUUUCCUGGUUUUGAUGACACAUAGCUGGGCUCGGCUCUCACAGAUGAUCAGCUGCCUGCGAGCUUUCUAAAGGAGAUAGCAACUGGAGGCAAGAAGGUUUUAUGGAGGGCAGCUCUGACUGCAGAUGGAGGAGAAUCGCUCCCAGGUACACAGCAGGGAAGUGUGUGGUUAAAGUUUUUUUGACUCAUGUGGUUGGAAAUCACAGAUGUAUUGACAGAUUUCUGCUUUCGCUGUUUCAGUUUUCGUUCAGGAUGAUCUUAGAUUUUGUAUUUGUUCCAUUACAGAUUGGAAAUGUGUGGCAUUUGUCUGUUUUCAGUCAAGUGAUUAAAUUCGUGCCUUUCCCUUACCAACUCUGAGUCAGAGGAUGGAGACUAGUGCUCGUUCUGCAUGACACUGAUGAUAAAUCAAUGAGAAGAGUAUUGUUUUAUAAUGCAAACGCCCCUUUUAGCCAGAUGAAUGUGGCUUUGAGUUUCUUAGUUCACUCAUUUUCUUUUUUCACUCUGAAUCUUUUUUGUUUCUGGCCUAAAGCAGGCCUGUAAAGACUGUUGCAAUAGAAAGAGUCUUUUGAAAAACCAAAGUGUUAAAAUGUUCUCAGAGACACACGAGGCAUCUGCCUUUCAAUUCUGAAGAAUCAAGGUCUUGGAAAAUAAAAAUUAAACAGAUUUUUCAAAGCUCAAAAGAACUCACAGCACUUUUUAGAGAUGAAUGAUUGGGCUCUCGGAAAAACAAGUUUUUCUUCAUCUGCCUGUAUUUUCAUGAGUUUUUAAUUAAACCAACUCGCUAGAAGUUUUUAGCUGGUAAAAAAGCAGACUGAUGUUAAUGCCUACGUUUUUCAAAGGAGUUCCAAAAGCACACAAAUCAUCAAGAAAUAGGAUUUUUUUUUAAAAAAACAGUCUGUUGCUGCUUGUUUCUCUCGCCCUGGGGUAGGUGUCAGACAAGGCAAUAAACAAUAUGCUGCCAAAUACAGCCUCUGUUUCACAUUUUGUACUGGGAGGACUCAAAAAAUUGAGGCAUUUACCGCUGAAAGAAAGAAAGAUGAGAUUUAAUCCUAAAGGACCAUAUAUGUAUAUGAUUAGUACUGAGACAGAAGACCAUAGGCUGUCUAUCACAUGAAUGUAUUCUGAGUGACACCUCCUAUUAGAUUCUAAAGAAGCUUUCUGAAGCCUAAAGAUGGCGGUCACUUUAUUAGAAAGGCUGACAGGUAAAGGUAAAGAGGAGGAGCAGAGGUAGGAGUUUGAUUUCCUGGCACUCAGCCUGUCAGCCUGCUGCUGCAAAUGUAAAGAAAAGCUGAUUCUUCAGUUUGAUGUCUGUCAUCUAGUCUGACCUGACCGCCCCCGGCAUAUAAACUGUCAAUCUUGUUGCUGGGGGGUUUUUCUUUUAGGGCUGGGCGAUAAACCGAAAAUUUACUGAUAAAGAAAUUUAUGACAAUAACAAACGUCAUUUUGCCCAUGUCAAUUUAUUCUGUGCCAAAAAAAAAAUUAUAAAAUUUUGGUUUUGGAUGUGCGUAGGAAGACUAUGGUCACAUGUAGUGUUGGGCUGUAUGAACACAAUCUUAUAUCACGUUAUGAGUAAUUUUAUAUCACGAUAACAGUAUAUAUCACAGUAUGUUUUUUUCCCUGUUUUCUCUGUAAAUUCAAUGCAAACAUGUAAACAAAUGCAAACAAAAUUCUAGACCUGUCUGUCGAUUUUUUUUAUCAUAUGGCAUACCUUUAGCGAAAGACUCUGCCAGGCUCUUUUGUAUGAGAGGAGCUGCUGCAACUUUAGUUUUUGGUGCAGUGGGCGUGCCACACAUCUUUUGGCUCUCACAAUAGAGCUUGGCAUGUUUCAUCUUUAGGUGGUUGAAGAGGUUGCUGAUGUUUCCUCCUCCAGCAACGACAGCCACUCUAAACUCUUUGCAUAGUAGUGUUUUUUGAUCAUUGUCAGAUUUCCUAAAUCCGAAGAAUCUCCAGACAACCGACAUCGUGACUUGCUUUCCUGUUAGCGAGCGCAGACAACUCUCCGGUAUUAACGGUACACACUUUUAUACCAUCACGCGGUAUAUAUUGUCAUACCGCCCAGCAUGAGUCUCAUGUCCUUUUAAGAUGUUGUCCUACGUUGGAGACAUGACUCCACCCCAUCCAGUCUGUAACAAAGAGGGAAAGACAGGUGAUGGAGGACGGUUCAACAGUUGUAGCAGAAGUUAAUGUGGGAGGGGGUGAGCAGCUUGUGGCGUAAUUAUUGUCCAUUUAUCGUCAUCGAGGUGAACUGCUAAAUAUAUCGUAAUAUCGAUUUGAGGUCAUAUCACCCAGCCCUAUUUUCUUAGCAGUCAGGUCGUCAGUAUUUGAAUCAUCCUGUGUCAAAACAAGUUGAUUCUCACAGAAGCUUUUAUUUCUAAUUAAAAGAAUCAGCGCUUUCAGUUGAAGUCAUGAAAUUAAACGAGCCCCCGGCUUACAAAUACCAUAAAAGAAACAAUAUGAGCCCUCACUCCUCUCCUAAUCUCUUUAAGUGUUGUCUUCUGUAAGUGUUCUGUAUUUAAAGGUGAGGUGGAAACACAGAGGUUUACAAUACUGCAAUAUAACAUCCCAGCAAAUACUAAUCGGAUCAACUUCUUCCUAAUUCAUUUCUUUUCUGUCACAGUUCGCUAUCGGGAAUCCACCAGGGAGCUUGUGUUGCCUGCAACAAUGAUCUAAAGCAGCCUUUCCCUUUUUCACAGAGUUGGGUUAUUUUUGAAGGCGGCUACACAAAGAGGUGCCCAUAAUUGGAAGUAGCAGGGGUUGAAUCCACUCAGCGGCGGAUCGAUAUUCCAAAGGGGCAGAAGUCUGCUGUAAAGAACGACAAUUAAAUCAGCCACACUGUAUGAGAGAUAAUGAUAGGAAUUAUGUGUUUAAAGCUCGCACUUCUCUAACGUGCCAACACGGAAUUAAAUUCUGAGUGAUUAACAAUUCAACAGAAGAUGAAGCCGACUCUGUUGCUUUUAGUUCCUCUCGCCAAUAUGAGUCAAUUUCUCUUGUACUCUGAAGUCCAGCAGCAGCAGCAGCAGCAGCAGACGUCUUAUAAUAACACUACAAAAGAAUGAUAGCUGUCACCACUCUGAAGAUAAUGUCCAUUUCUCAUAGUCUCUAAGGGACUAUCUUUGGCCUUUGGCAGCUGGAUGAUAUUUUUUUUAAGUCUGAGGAGAGAUGCAGUCCAAGUCCAAGAUGCACAAGAGCUGUUGAGCCGUUAACACCGCAGGUCAAAUCUCAUUACUUGUAGGCGGUGAUGGAAAAAAGCAGAGAACCAAGUCAAUGUCUCACAUCCUCUUAACCCUAACCUCUCAUUUUAUAUGAGGCUUCAGACUUUAUUUCUACCACUGCAAUUAAGUCAAUAUUCCCUUUGAACUUAUGUGACUUGAAUAAUGCAGCAGUGUUUGCUUCCUCUUUACAGCAAUUAAAUUAAAAGGGAAUGCCGAUGAAUCAUAGAUGCACCUUUGGGCGCUUCGACCUGUUUAAGUAAACAUUUGUUUUUUUGUUCCAACACCACUGAAAAGCUUUUUGUUAAAUUCUUACUUCUGUUUUAUUUAAGGGCUGCAGCUGUUGAUUAUUUUCUACAUUUAUUUAAUCUGCCUGACAUUACUGACUUCCUGCUUUGUUAAUAAAAGUUGUAAAAAGCCUUUAAAAAUACUUAUCAAGGACCUGAAGUGAUGUGGUGAGCCCGAAAGAACUCACCCUUUUUCUUUUUUAUCUCGAGUAAGAAAACACUCCGAUUUAAGGAGCUAUAACUCUCAAAACAUUGUUUGCCAAUCAGUCUUUUAACAUAAGUUGUUGUCUUUUGUCUUUUUUUCUCUUUGAAUGAUUGAUUAAAUAUUUCGGCAUGAUGCCCAGACGAAUUCUUCUCAAGUACCGAUCCAAAACAAGGAAGGACUAAAAAGCUUUUGUGUCCAGAAGAGCGAACAUAUGUUCAGUUAAAACCAAAACAAGGAAUCAAUAAAGCCGUCACUGUUGUUGUAAAUCUGUUCACAGCUAAAGAAGAAAAGUCUUUUGACCGAUGUGUGAACUCUGAGUGUGAUCGGUGAAAGCGCCGCCGCCCCGCAGUGAUUGAUGUUAUGAUUGUGUCUGGUGAACCUCUGAUGACCAGGUAAACUUAAGCCAAACCAUUCAGAGGUCACACAUCUUAGCCCCGCACUAAAUCCUCUCUCAGUUUUCCUUUCACAGCCAUGUUGAUCCUCUCUGGUAGCAUCUCUGGUUUCUGUCCAGUAUGAUGCUUCCUCUCUAACUGGGUCACAUCCUGUCCUGGGACCGAAACCAAACACAACAUGUAUUGAUAUUCAUCCCAGCAGAAAACAAAAAAGAGAAGAAAAACAGAGAAAAAGCGUCAAACAUUAACACCUCCUCUUUGCUCUUUUCAUCUCACCUCUGUGCUGAAAGUGGCUGAGCUCGUCCACACGUGCUGCAGUGGGCUUUUGUUAUACUGUUGUAGGGCAGUUAAACAGUGUCGAGCUGAGUCGGCGUGCAUGUGAAUGGUGUGUGUGUCAGGGGGCCCGGCCCCACCACCAAAACCAGGAGACAGGAAGGGAACAAGAACUACGGGAAGCCAGGGUCUAAUCUCCCUAGACACAACUCUGUCAAAGACACACAAACACUGCUCUCUCUCUCUCACACACACACAUGCAGAAGCUUGGCACAAGUUUUUUAGGUUCAUGUGCACACAAUACCCUACACAGUAAAAAAAACAUGGCCAGGAUGUGUACACGUCAAAGAAUAUCACUCUGCUGAUUUGCUUUCUUUAUGAAUACAGUGAAAAAAUACCUGAGUUAUUAAAAUGAUCAGAAACACUUCAUCUCGAAAAGUUUUUUCACUUUUUAUUCUUUUUACUUGUACUUUUUUCAAACAACAUUUAAGAAGGAAUUGGAAAAAUAUAGAACAAUAUAACCUCAGAUGAAGAUUCUUCUCACAGCUUAAAUAAUUGAAAGGACUUCUUUUGCACUGAGAUGCUUUACACAAAAAUCAGAAUACAGAUACACAAAUACAGAGUAGUUAAGGGCCUGUUUCCACUAAAAGCAUGAUUUUCAGUGGCAGCACCUAUAUGAAAAACCAGCGUAGCUCAGUGUUCAAAAGCCCUUGACACAAAAAGGCUCGUCAUCAGCCAUUUUUUGAUCGCUGAUGUUACAACACUCGUGGUUGAAAAAAAACUCAGCGUCAGAAACACUGCUAUGCUCGUUAUCGUCACUUCUUUAUCACUAAAAAAUCAGGACAAAGACGGACUCAGACUUCUGAUGAGUCAGUAAGUAUAGCAGAGGACCAUAUGGAGGAGAAACUACUCACUCUGGUUUUGCUCCUUGGGUAAUAUUUUAAGGUCUAGAGCUGCUACAAAUGCUGAGUCACUAUUUGUUUUAAUUGUGUUACGUAAGUUUACUUAAGAAUUUUGCAUUGUAUAACGGAAAAUAUGAAGCCUCGGAGUUCUUGAGAAAAGACUUAACGGCUACUGCUCAAGAAAGCAGAAGUGCUGCAGGAAAACGUUUACAAUUUCGUAACAGUUAAUGCCAGAGAGAAACACUUCGAAAUUGUGAUUAUGGCAAAAAAUAGCUGUGAGUGAAUUUAGGCAUUUAUUCCAUCAAAAUAAUGUUGAGCCUACUAUUUACUUUAUUUUACCAUUGCUCACUUGCUUAGUCAGGGAAUACCUCGAUUUUGCAUGUAAGAUGAAUGUAAAGUUACAGCACAUAUUUGGCACAAAAAUCAUUCUAACUUAAAUCGAGCAAAAUCAAUAAAACAUGUAAAAGAAAAAAAAGCUGCAGUUGAAGUUUUUUUUUUCUUAUUGUUGAGGAAUUUUUGGACAAACAAGGACGAGCCAUUCCCUCUGCUUCCUCUUUCUGCUACAAUAAACUAAGCAAACUCGGCAGACAGAGCAUAGUCCAGAUUAUUCUCAUCCAGCAGCCUCUUUAAAGUGUAUUUUGACUUUCACAUUUUUUUACCCUGAAUAUGAAACAUAAAGGUAUCGAAUUUCCCGAGGCACAGAACAUCCCAGAAGCACGUCUGUUUUCAGGAUAAAGGCUUAGCUAAAUUUGAAACACAUGCGAGCAGUAUCCCCUUUAACACGCGAGGUCUUGGAUUCUACCUGGAGGACAAUAACUCUGUUAUCAAGAAAUUAUUUUUCUACUCCAAACAAAGUACAAAAGUUCAUGAAGAGCCUGAACUUUAUAAGAUUCGAGUCCCAAACCACCAAACAAUUAUUACACAAGCAGAUGUGAUUCCUGUGUUCAGCGGUUGAUGAUUUAUCACAUGUUUGUGUCUUGUAUUGAUUAAAUUUCUCACAGAAGAGGAAAAGGGUGUAUCACAAACCAUCAUCAAUGAACCUAUCUACUUUUUUAAAGUUUUUUUUUAUUUUUUUAUCUGAAACUUCAAACUUUCUGAUGUUUCCUCCCUACCUUCUUCAUUCAUUCAUUCAGCCUUGGUCUCCAUUUCUGGAGGUAUGCGAGGGUAAUUGGCACUCUGUUUCCUUAAUUAAAAUGAACUCUAAUUGUAGCUGAAGCAGGGCAAAUGUGCGAAGGCCUGUAAUUUCCCUAUCAAACUCUGCAGCCACAGAGAAAGGGGAAAAUAAGGAGGGACAGGGCAUGCGGGGAAGAGAUGACCGCAAAAUUGAAGAAUUGUGAAACAGGAUUUGCUGCAAAUGGGUGCUGUUCUUGAAUUUGAGGUCAGUUGUUAAAGCCUGAAGACAGCUGUAUAGAAAAUGAGGGUAUACUGUUUGCUGUUGAACCUCCCUCCCCCUUCCCUUCAUUUUAAGUGAAAAAAAAUACAGGGUCAAGCUUUGCAUUUCAAAGAAAACUGCUUACAACACCCUCUGUUAUUGUAAAAAACACAAUAUAUUCUCGCCUUUCUUGUGCUUUUCCAUUAUUCACUCAUCACAGGUAUACAAUCACUAUCACUAAUAGGUGACCUCAUUUACUUCAGCCCUUCCUUUCAGUGCGUGUGCUUGGUAACAGUGACUUAUAUUAUAAAUAAUAUAAAUUUUGCAAACUUUCAACAUCAAACAGCCCUUAAAUCAAACCUACAAUAUAUAAAUUAAAAAUAAUGAAGAUAUUCUAAAAGUUAAUUUAAGAUUUAAGAUAUGUGGGAAUUAUUAAAAAGGUGGAAAAGUAAACAAAAAUCAACUAAAAGUUUCACAAAAGUUACAAAAAACAGCAUACACUAAAGAUAGCAUAAGCUGUACAUACAGAUAGUGUAAAGAUGAAUAAGUAGGGCGUUAUUUAUCAUUCGAGAAGAAGAGACUGGUUUAGUAGAUACAGUAACCUUUCAGUGUGCUUCUAUAUGACUGUAUUUUUCCAAAAGUUUUUUUUUCACCCAAAAAUAUCGUAUUCCAAGGCCGAGUCUUGAGUUUUUGCCAGCACAAGUAUCAGUUCAUUGUCUCCAGUGUCUUCUCAUGUGCCUGAUUGUCCUGUAAUUACAGGACAAUUGUAUGUUUGGGGUGUUUAGAUAUGGCCACAUGACGACUUUUCAUUGUUUCAACAUUUUUUUGCACUGGGGGCAAUUUUCCGGCCGUGGGUGGCCACCGCUGCCGCUGCUGCUGUAAGAAUGUAAAGGGAAACUGGAGCUUCCUCUAACAGAGCUGAAGUCUGAGUGCACCUCGGUGAAAGGCAAGGCUGUGCAUGCACAUAAUAGAAAACACUCACCAUCUCAUAGAAACACUCACGCGUACGCAUCCUGUCUCAUAAAGCUUAAUGAUAGGGUAGAGAUAAACAGUGAUUACCAUGCCGUGGGGUAUGUGUGUGUGUGUGUGUGUGUUUCUCUAUAUGAAGAGGCAGGUGUGCAUAUGAAAGGUGGAGACGGGUCGGCCUCCAAACUAUAGCCUUAGUGCUAUAAAGGUGUGUUUUGAAAUUACAUCGAUGGAGUGAACUUGUCAUGGACUAUAAGCACGGAAAGCACCAAACUCAGCUUAGUCAAACAAUUAUUCCCCUCCUCCUCUUCCUCUUCUCUCUGCUCUCAUCUUUUCUUCCCUUUUUACAGCCUCAGAUUGUUGUCGUAAUGUUGGAGUGCCUCUGUGGUUUUAAGGGGGGAUAAAGUGAGAAUCAUGGGUAGGUAAACAUCUCGAUACAGUAUCUCCAUUAAACUUACGUGGAUAAAAAGUGCUAACAUUUCUAUGAAGGUUAAGGUAAACCUAAUUGCCUAUCAAACAGCAGAAAUCACAUCUACAUCCUGCAGUGUUUGAAGGUAAACAAAGUAAAGCAAAGUUGUAAUUGAACUCAGUUUUCCUCCAAAGAUGAGGAAAUAGAUGGAAGUUUGUAGAAGCUCCGCUAAAAGCCUCCACUCAGACAAACCGUGUCUGCUGAACAGCAGUGGAGAAACACUCAACUUUAACCUCUACCUUUUUUAUGCAGGAUUUUUCAACAUGUUACUUGUUCGCCACAUUCGAGCGUGAUGCUUUUUCAGCUCUCUUUUGAAGACCCUUUGUAUGAAACACUGAAAGAAUCCUGACCUGAAAAAAAAAACAAACCAAGCUCCUCGACACAAGCUGAUACUAGCAGCAGCGUGAAUCGCAGCUUCUCCACACGUCCUGUGUCUGUUAAAGAGCAUUAGAGAAACAGUGGUUUGCAGUGUAGAAUAACCUAACUCAGCAUUUUAACAGCUUUUACCUGGUCUGUUUUGAAAAGGAGACCUUUGCAGACAAUUGAGGGCAUUAUUCCAGCUCCUGUAAGAAACAUUUAGUUAGGAUGUGUGUGUCAACUUAAAAAUGAAACGCUCUGGCUCUAGAUUCACUCGUCUUUUUAAACAACUAAGUGACAAACUUGUUAUUGUAGGCACUCUAUUAACAUGUUGUGGUUUAGCUUAAAUAUUCUGGUGUAAAUUUAAGUUAUGGUCAAACACACCAGAGCUCCGAGUUAGACACCCCCUCGAGAGAUGAAUGUUGCUGACUGCUUGCUUCUCUAGUUAUUCCAACUUCAGCAACGACCGCACAAUAGCAACACACAGUGGUCUACGUCUUUACACGCAAACCUCAACCACUCGUAGCCACAAAUAAUGCUCAGAACAGCACCUAACUUCAUCAACAGUACAUAUAGGGUCCCAGCAUGAAAUACUAGCCAUCAAACAUCUUUUUAGCUUUGCCUGGUUUCUUUAGUAAAGAGAUCAAACACAACUCACUCACUCUCCUCCAGCAGCCGCUUGUUUGUGGGGGAGCCCUGACGAGUCGAUCAGCGAGUGCAGUGGAGUUUCGCAGCUCAAGGAAGAAAAAUCAUGAUUAUUACUCUACGAAAAUGCAAUCAGACCAAGAUGCUAAGGCAGAAGAACUGCUGCAUCUGUUGUGCAAAUUGAUUAUUAUGAUGAUUAUUACUUGUAGGAAAUUAUCUUUGCUAUGUUAGAUACCCCCUCGAUUCAUCUCUCGAGGGGGUGUCUAACUCAGUGUUACAGUGUGUUUGACCAUAACUUCAAUUUACACCAGAAUAUUCCUUUAAGUGCAGCUACUCACCACUAGUUGGGGCUGUAGCUCUGCUCAUGCUAUGACAGUAAUGCUCCGAUAAUUUACUACCUAGAUGUAAACAAGCCCUGAAGACUGACGUAGCAUUGCAGGGUUUGUCAAAUGUAGUUGCAGUUGUAUGGAGGCGGUGUCUUGUUUGAUGCAUAUAACCACUAGACUGGAGCAAUGUGUGACCAGUGGGACUGUCCCGAUAUGAUAUUGAUAUCUGAUAUCGGUCCGAUACCAGCCAAAAAACAAAUAUCUGAUUAUGUCGGCCUGCAUCUAAAAUCUGAUAUCAGCACUCCGAUACAAGCAGUCCAUUCCAGACUCCACUCAAGCCCAUGUAACCACGUACAAACGAAGUAGCAAGGAAUAGGAGUGAUGUUGGCUGUGUGGCAGUAUUUUUCGUUAAAGUCCGAAAAAGACAUUGCAGCUGAGUGCAAAACCAAUAUCGGAUUUAUAUCGGUAUUGGCCGAUACUGAAGGCUACAAUAUCGGUAUCGUAUCCGAAGUAAAAAAGUUGUAUCGGGACACUCCUAGUAACCAGCACAGGUAUGUGAAUGUUGACCCAUAGUAAGAAAGACUAUUGGUUGGUGGUGCUAGCUCUGCUAAUGUUAGCUGCACUUGGCAAACCAGCAGGCACUAUAAUCCCGUUUCGAAUCUGGAGGCGGGUUAUGAAACAUGAUGUCAUGAAUCCUCGUGCCUCUCUGUGAAACUGUUAUAGCAGACAAGGACCCACCUACUCAGGCCAAAAUCAGCAAAGAGAGGAAACACGCUGCUUUUUGCCAAAAUAAUCAGGUCGGUCUUAAAGUUUCUAGUGAGCAUAAUGUGAGCAGGCAGUGUGAGGGGAAAAGUCGCUGAUGUUGAGUCACAUUUUCUACUCAGUGUGAUACAAGGGCAAGGCUGCUGCAUAUGCAUCCCUGAGAAUUACUGAUGUCAAGUCACUAAUUUCACAUGCUGAGCAAGAGACGGGUCACCCAGGCUAUAGAAACGCCAAAAUGACAGUGAGAGGGAAUGAAUAAAAGUCAUUUGGCUGUACAGCACUGAGAGUGGGAUUCAUUUUUGUGUUAACGUGUGUUUUGUGUGGGUUUGUGAUUUUGUGUGUGUGUGGGUUUUUCACUGAGGAAAUGCAUUAAAUUAGCACAAGCCUGAUUGAGAGAUCAUUGAAAUCCAUUAUGAAGAAACGAGGAUAUAAAGAGUCCGAUAUAUUCGGGUGACACCAGAUGUCUUCCACUCGAAGCACUUGUUCUUUCACUGUUAAUUAUUUUGGAUUGAAAUGAUCCAGUGUUGCAGGAAAACAUGUUUUUUUUUUUCUUAAUCUAGAGACAGAGGGAAUACAGCUUUAAAAGAAUCAAAGACUCGAGUCUAUCCUGAAGAGAGCACACUUGUCUGCAGGAUCUUUAACCAGCACUGUUACAUUCAUUAGUGCUGAACGUUGGCGUCUGUCUGUAGACCGACAUAGCAACAUUUCAUCUCAGAAUGAGUGCGAGUCGGUUUCUGUGUCAUGUGAGAGUUUCCUUUGAGCCUUCAUGUGUGUUUUAUGGGGAUGUGGGUUGGUAAGUGGUUGAUGUGAUUGCCUCUCUCUUUACACAGGAUCACAGAGAUAAGUAACUGUGGGCGUUUUGGUUAUUUUUGUAAAAUACUACAAGUGUUUGUGCUGCACAGUGUUGUGUAAGAUGUAUUCAUAGAGCGCAAGGAGUCCCUGCAGCCUUCAUCUCUCUAUCAUUCUGUAUUUUUGAGUAUUGCACAAGACACUCCCCACAAUAAGACUCCCACCUGCUUUUGUCAAUGUUCAUUUCAUGAGGAAAAAGCACUGCUCAUUUGUUCUCUGUUAGUCAGCCAGUAAUGGAAAAUGACUUGACAAAUACUUUCACCACUGCCCUGAGAUAUCAGGAGGAGGAUUUUUCAUUAUAAACCACGUGUAAUACCGGCCCCUCCUCCCCAGAUGAUUGCCACCAGCAGCUUCCUGAAGGGUAUGUUUGAAAAAAAAUGGCACCUGGUUGCUAAGUCUGUCUUCACACCCUGUAUGCUUUUAUUUGCCAGGGGGCUACAUAUGCCAAACCAAUGCUUGACAACCAGCAUCAGCCUUAACACACCAAAAAUAUGAAAAUACAGAAACACAAACAUACAUCGAAGGUCUCUGCAGGUAAAGGUUAAGUGAGAGUCUAGUAGGACAUAAGAGUAAAUUUUAAGUUUCUGUUUGUAUUAUUUUAACUUUUGGGUCCUCCUGGUUUAUUUUUCCGCGUAGACGAUAGACGUCACAUUUCUAGCUUUUACAGAAGGUAAGUUGACAGUUUAAUCACAGAUGGCUGUAAAUGGCUGUGUGAAUUAUUGGAUUUUGAUUGGUCAUUACAUGGUAAUAUUUCAUCGCAAUAGUCUGUAAUUUCUCGAUAGCUGACUGUUGCCAGGAGAUCCGGCUGGAACCACAGACUUUGACGGUCCAAUCGCAAUCCUAUCGAUGUGCAAAUAGACCAGAAGUCUUGUUUAUUUGUCGUCAGCUUGUUUAUAGUAAAGACUGUUAGAGAGGAGAAAAAAAAAACAGCUGAGAAAAAGAAGAAAAGGUCAGAGACAAAAGCUGGAGUAUGGGUUUGACUCAGUUGGUUGAGUAGGUGCCCUAUGUACAGAAACUAGAGCACUAUGUGGUGUAUUUUGUACCCUCUUUUUUCUCCCCAUGUUACCAGUGUUUCUCAUUUAAAGGCAAAAAGGCCGAAAAACUAUUUAAAAAGAAAGAAAAACAAAAGCUGCUUCUACAAAAGACCAGACUACAAAAUUAGAGAUAGUAAAUGAAGUAAACAUUUCAGAGCACAGCCAUAGCAAGCUGCUUUCUAUGCAUUAUUACUUACUUCUUGGAAACUUGGAAAUCCAUGAGUCAACUAUAAGAGGCAUUUUGUCGGGCUGUUUGAUCUUCACAUCACAUAAACACAGAUGGAAUCAUUAUGUCUGUGUAAAUAGACUUGAUUUUGACAGGGAAAUAUUUGGAGCAGAUGUUUUGGACCUAAUCAAACAUGUUGAAGUAAGUAGGAGGUGGAAACAACAGCUAUUAAACAAAGGACAAAAACACUUUGUUUUUCAGAGUUUAGUUACUUUCCUCGAUCAAUGUUUGAUGUUCAACAGAAUGAAAUAAAAAUGAUGCUAAAUUAUUACCCAAAGCUCCUUCAAGGUGUUUGCUCAGGUUGUGAAAUGGUCUGAUUCAAAUGCAGAGGUUUUAUAAUGAGCCACGAAAACCAAAACUGAUUAUUUCUAUCCAUUCUUGUUUUUAAUAUAUGUAACUGCACCUUGUACAUGCCAAAAUCAGGCUUUCUCUCCACUUUUCACAGUGAAAGAUUAGGGGUGUCCCAAUCCAAUAUUGAUAUCGGAAAUCGUCCAAUAUCAGCAAAAAGACGUAUAUUAGAUUAUAUCAGCCUGAAUCUAAACUCUUCAAACAAACAAUCCAUUCGAGACUCUGCUCCAGCACUUUUAUCCAGCAUGCAGAGCCCACUUGAUCACAACAACAGUGUGUACUAAGGUGCUAACAAAGUAGCUAGGAUUAGGAGGGAUGUUCAAUGUGUGGCAGUAUUUUUCGUUGUAAUCCAAAAAAGACGUUGCAGCUGAGUGCAAAACUUCAUGCAAAAGUUUAUGCUAGUAGAUCAAUAUUGGUAUCAUAUCGGACGUAAAUGUUUUAUCAGGGACACCCCUAUAGAAAAUACAACUAGCUGUGAAUAAAUCAGGCUGGGAGUAUUUUAUAAAAACAAAAGGCACCUAUGUAGAGGACAUAAUCUCUAAAAUACUGCUUUGUCCACAGGAGUUUGCAAAAAUCAGUAAUCACAAGUUCCUCUUUAAAGCUUUUAAGAAAUGUGAAUAAAAUGGAUUUCAGGUAACAUCUGUUACUUAUUAAAAGAGUUAUUACUUUAAUCUGGACACCCCGUAGACUUGAUUAGCCCAUAACAUGCAGAAACUAAAACUGAGAAAAACAAACCCAUAAAAGAAAACUGAGGACAAACAUCUUCUUUUUUAAGUGUGAAAAUGUUAAAGUGAGAAUGAAGUAUAGUCGUGUUUGUGUUUGUGUGGUGCGUAUAUUAUUGGGAUUAUAGGAAUGCCAGGUUUUACUGUUGAGCGCUACAUUCAGAGCGGUAUUCAGGAGAACAUCUUAAUAACCCCAGUGAUAAACUCACAGUAAUACUCCUUCUAAAACAGAGCGGAUGUCCUCCAGCACCCGUUUCCUUGCAGGUGCUCUCCUUGAUCAUGUCACACCGACGAGCCGCAUUAAAUCCUGUUUUAUAGGUAAAACCAAACCCAGCCGCACCCUUGAGACGAGCGUCUGCAGGGAACAUACAGGGCUCUAAAAGAGGGUCUGUGACACAAACCUCAUCCGGGAGUGCAAACAGCCGUCACAAUUCAGCUGAGACAAUCUGCACAGACAGCUGGAGGAAUAAAGUGGUCCCUUCACCUUAAACCAAGUUCUCUGCACUUAGAUUUUAUUAGGAUACUGAAUCAUAGCACAACACUUGAGAUUGUUUGUGAGCUGGCGGCCUGCCCUCCCAAAGAUUACAGAAAAUCAAUUCUAUUAUAAUCACAGAUUGUGACUAGUCGAGCUUGUAUCUCUCUAUGCAUGCUUUUGUGCGUGUCUGUUUUCAUGUUGGGGUGGUCGAUUCUUUUUGUUUCAACUAUUUGUCCCCGUGAAGGCGUUUCACCAGGUUUGGUAUGACCACAGGCAUGAUGCGUCGCCGGGAAUGCCAAGGCCACAGGGGGAAUAAAAACAAACAUGAGAGGAAAGACAAUUUUAGGGGUAGUGGGAAUGUUUCUGUGGAUGUAAUUGACUGCUGAAACUCCAUCUUCUCCCCUAAUCCCAGUGUAAGCCACCGCUGAUACUUGGCAGGGCGCUCGGGAGUUGAAUUAUGUUCACUCUGUUUUUUUAAAUUCAUUUAUGUCUCUCUGAAUCUAAAUGCGUCUCAUACGUGUCGUUUCUCUGUUUCCAGCUGUGAGUAACAUUAUCUCUCUUUCACAGAGGUCCUGAUGAACACUAAGACCGAGACUUCUGAUCUCAAAUGGACCAUCUACUCGAACGCCAAACCUGAGGUACGUGACCCCCGCCCUCCGUCUUAUCUGCAUUACUGACACACCACCCGGUGACGUGGGAUUUUUGGCUUCCAGCUGUUCCUUUGUUACUUUGGCUAUAAACGCACUCCUUAUAUGGCAGGUAACUGACAGAAAAAAGGAAAACGACCGAGUCCAUGUGGAAUUUAAAGUGUAUUAAAAGCAGAUGCUUUGAUUUAUCCCAUCAACCUUGGAGCUGAAGUCACUGGCUGCCCACAAUUUGAACACAUGCUGCCAAAAAAAGACAUAUUUGUAAUUUGAUCAGCUGAGUGAUGGUUGCUUUGGUAUUCCUGCCAGCACAGUCAGUGACCAAAACUGCUCAACUCGCUGAAAGAAAACACUUACAGUAAUGUUGGCAGGAAACCGGACAGAAAAACUCAAGAAUCACGUCUGCGAUUUUGAUUUAGAUGCAAAGAAAAACAGGCUUACUGUCUCCCAAGUCCCAAGACUGCUUUUAUCAGCUGAAUCUCUUUAUCAAAAGAUUCGCAUGUCAGAAAUAAGACUGGAUUGUUUUCUAUAACACAGAGUCAACACUAAAGAGUAUAAAACAGUGAUUUUAGUCAAAAGUGACAGGCAGCAGUGGGGAGACGCUGUAAGCUGUCUGCUUCAAAACCUACAGACACAAAAGGUUCAUAUAUGGGACGUGUAUUUUUAGCUCUAAAAGAGUAUGAUAGAAAAAUUGAAGGUUUUUGUAAGAUAAAAACUCUGGCUGCUCAAUUUAGAGAAAGACAUACAUUAAAUACAGAAGAUUCUUGUAAAAGCUCCAGUGAGAAGUAUGAGAAAGAGUCGUUUUAAUUUGUGGUUUAUCAGUGAUGUGGGCCGUACUGCUGCAGAAUCAAGUGGUUUGAACAGAAAUAACAGGAAGUUGAAAGUAGGGCUGCUCAGCAUUGGAAAUAACUGCGGUAUAACAGUAUUUCUCCAAUCUGCAGCAGUGAAAAAAUGCAGUCACUGUAAUUUUAUGUUCUUAACACUUAAAAUUUCCAUUGAUAUAAUUAUACUGAAUAUCUUCUAUGUUCUGAGUUCAAAUCAAUCAAAUCAAAUCCCUGUCAUAUGCGCCAUAUUCUGUCCAUGCCUCUGACAGCAGCACGUCUCAGCGACGCUCCACGCCACAAAGCUUUGGCAUCAUCACUCUUAUAUAUUGACCCUGUCUGUGACAGAGUAUAACUCGUGUCCUAUGAGUGUGAUUUUUGUGGAUUUUGUGCGUUGUGGCAGCACGAGACGUAAUCACACCUCAGGAGCUUCACAUACAAACAACACAGCUCUGUUCAGCCGCGUCUCGUCAGCUGGCUCACAGUGAACCUGUCUCACUCCUGUAACACCUUUUUUUUUUUUUUACAACCCCUGAUGCCGACACAGUGGCGGAACGUCUCGGUUCCACUCAGUUGAAUCAUUCACAUAGAAAGCCAGAUAUGACAGCGGGUGUAAAUAUCUCGCUGUUAACGUGGAAGUAUUUCAGGUCAUGUGACUUAAAAACAGUGGUUCUCAAGUCCAGUCCUCACACCUGAUUCAAAUGAUGAGCUCGUUAUCAAGCUCUGGAAUGGCUCACUAACGAGCUUAUCAUUUGAAUCAGGUGUGCUCAAGGACUGGACUUGAGAACCACUGACUCAAAAUCACAUCUUGCACGUCACAAUUAAAGUGCUUAAACAUGCAUGUUUCAUGAAAGUGGGUGUGGUAUUAUUUACCAAAGUCAAACAUGUCUGAUAUGGCCAUUAAACUCAAAUAUUUGAAGUCAAAUCUAGAUGAUUCAUGUAGCCUCCUAAACUCUGAUUGGCCUUGAAAAACUCCUAAACAGCAUUAAAAAUGUAAAUCAGGAAUAAAUCAGUAAUAAAUACCAAACAUACACUGGAAUAAAUGUGAAGUGACACUGUUAGAUAUGUUAUAUAAUCUGACACUAAUUCAGUCUGUCUCUCAUGUGCUCAUACUAUAUAUAUAUAGAUUGUGUAUAUCUCAGAUGGUUAAACAUACAUCUUUUAUACACUAAUCGGUCUCUGCUUUCAAAAAACAUUUAAACCCUUUCUUUAAAUUAUUUCUGCCAAUCCAGAUGAGCCCUGCGGGAUGUUUCGUGCAUCCUCUUCACUGAAAACAUUUUGUUCAUAGAAAUCUGUGCUGCCAAACUCCAUACUAUAGUAUUUAUUUUCUGAGGAUUAAAAGGGAAAUUCUCCCCUCAAGAGUUUUAAACCUGGCUCUCAGUGCUCGGCUGCACUGUAAUUCAUUCAGACCAGUAUUCUGCCUCACUCAACACAUCAUCUGCAAAUGGAUUUUUAAAGAUUUACAUAUUUACAUAACUGAAUUUCUGAGCCUCAAGUUCAGCAAAUCUGCUAAAUUCUGCCCCAAGUAUGUAAAUUUGCCGCUUGUUUCCCGCUCUUGGGAACAUGCUGAUGGUGAACAUGUUUGCUGUUGACUCAGAAGUCAAACAUUAAAGCAUUUUUCUGUUGCUUUUGGCUUCCCAACAAAUGUAGAUUUCUUUGUAGGGGUUUUCACAUCAUACAUAUUUGUGAUAUCCCCUCUGUACUCUUGUAUUUCACUCUGAAUGUGUGUUGAAGGAUGAGAGCUGAGUCUGUCUGGGUUACUGUGUGCUCUGUUUGACAAGAGAGACUCGCAGUGGCGCUUGCUUGGCUGCAGCUCAGCAGGAGGAAUGAUUUAACAACCUAGAUCUAAACUUGGACUGGAUCACAAUCCACUGCAGGCCACAUCUGUCCCCUGGGCCUCUGACAGGUGCAGCGUAGUUCAGGCCAACAAAAACUGCAACACUGUUGUUGUUACAAGUAGGACAGUCAGGGUGAGAAUUUAUAUGAAGACCCUUUUGGGAAGUCUUCACACGGGAGAGUUAGAUAUGUUCACAAAAAUGUUCACAAAAGUGUGCACAAGUUUUCAGGGGUCAGCUGAAACCUCACUACUCUUUGUUUGCUCUGUCUCUCAGUGGGAGGAGGUGAGCGGUUUGGAUGAGGAAAACAACAGCGUGAGGAUCUAUCAGAUCCUGCAGACGAACAGCUCCUCCAGCCACUGGCUGCGCAGCGGCUUCAUCGAAAGACGAGGGGCGUCCCAGGUUUAUGUGGAGCUGCGCUUUACCAUGAUGGAGUGUUCGUCCAGAAGCACCCACCACCGCAGCUGUAAGGAGACUUUUAACCUCUACUACUACCAGACAGACUCCAACGACGCCACAUACACCUACCCCCCCUGGAUGGAGAACCCCUACGUCAAGGUAAAAACACACGCCAACCCUCAUGCUCAAUGUAAAGUAGUCCAAAAUACACACUGUGAUUUCAUUAGUCUAAACGAUUUAUGUCUGAGGAAAGAUUAUUCAGCAUUUGAGAAUACUGAAGAUAUUAAUUAAAAGCUUUGCAUCUAUUUCCAUGUGAGAACCAAUUGGAGUAUUAUGAUUAAUACCACACAGCUAGGCAGAACGUUGAAUGUCUUAUUCAACUCUGCAGGAUUUUAAUCACAUAUGAAAAUAGAGUUAAUCAGAAGAUUGCAAUUAACAGUUCAUCUCUGUGUUGAUAGAUCCGCUGAGAUUGUCUUAUAUCAAUAGAAAAGGUAUUUGGUCUGUAAAAUGAACAUAACCAGUAAGGAGGCCGACGGUGUUUUUUGAUUUUUAUGGAUGACAAAGAAAAAGAGAAAAUACUCCUUUUUCAGAACUAUUAGCUUUAUAUCUAAGAAGAAAAAAACAGAAAUAAUCACUCCAAAAUAAUAAGAAAAUUGGACAAUUGCUUAUUUGUUUGCUAUCCAUUCUCAGGAUAAUUUACCGUCUAAUCUUUGCAGCUCUGGUCGAUAAAUCAUAUCCCAGAUAUUUCACGGUCUGACAUCAAGAAGUCUGCAAACUCAGGGUGUAGAGCUUAAGAGACACCAGGCUUUAUAAGUCUAAACAAAACCACUGAAAACAGAGAACUGAACCGCAUAAUGGGAGUUUAAGAUCAAGAAUUACCUGGUAUUUUAGCCCCGUAUUGGAUAUUUUGGCCUUUGCUCUAUCAAAUUCUUUAAAAGAAACAGUUUCGGGGCUGCCAGACUGUGCGCCCCAUAUGCAGAGACUAAAAUCCUUUUAAGCUUGUUCAGAUUGGACCCUCAGCCCUUUUAUCGCUGCCCAUUCUCUCUCGCAUCAGUUUCCUGCACCAUCCUCUGAAUAAAGACAUUAGAAGAAUAACACAAAUCCUUUAAAAACUGUUUUUGCAAAGUCUCAUCUUCUAUAGGGCUGAGCUUCCUGCUUUACACAAGGCUAAUAAUAUAUCCCAAAGCAGAACUUUCAUUAAUUUAACCAAAAAAAAAAGCAUUAGGAAAAACAGAACAGCAGUGAACAGUGUCUGAGAAGUGAAAAAACGACAUGACUGAGACUCGAUAAGAGCUUGAUGAAUGAGUUGCCUGUUGGGGUCUUUUUUACACAAUCUUUAUAUGUUUUUUUCUGAAAUGUGUUCAUAUAAAAAGUCUAAGGCAGACGUAUAAACCUGAUCUUAAACUACUGAACUGCCCGCAUCGUAGUGUUGUUCUCAUUGACGAUGACGUUGACGAAAACAUCAUCGUCAACGAAAACAACACUGGUUGUUUUUGUUGAUGAAAACGUUUCAUCAGUGCCCCUAGUUUUCCGCAACGAAGACUUAACGCUGACGAACUAAACAUAAUUCUUAGAUGACUAAAAUGUGACAAGACAAAUGUGCGUUUACGUCAAUGAGACGAGACUAGACGAAAACGUUAGUGGUGGAAGACGAACAAAGUUGCAAAAUUCAUGAGCAUUUCGUUUGUCAAACAAUAAACAUUUAUUCUGCAGUGUUGUUUUCAUUGAUGAUGACGUUGAUGAAAAUAUUUUCGUCAACGUCAUCAUCAACUAAAACAACACUGUCACAUUGAAAGCAUCUUAUUAUAUCGGUCUUUAACAAGUGAUUUGUGUAUUGGCAUGAGAAUGAAGUUCAGGGAACAGACACUGAAAUCACAGCCUGAUCAAAAAUAGAAGAAAAAGAUUGAAUUAGCAAUCCCUGGAAUAAAAUCUGGUAACAUUUGUGUUUUGGAUUACUGGAAAACAACUGUCACAGAUGUUUUUUUUUAAGUGCUCAAGUACUCAAGCAUAUGUGUGUGUAAACUUUUGAGUGUUCAGAUUCUCUUCUUAUCGAGAAACACAUCUAGGUAAGAUUUAUUACCUGUUGAUUGAGGUUUUCUCUGGCUGAACACUUCAUUUUUCCAAGACAGGCUGUCUUACAUGUUUCCUUAUCAACAUCUAUAAAUUCAUGUGAGGCAUUUUUCAUUCAUGUGCUGCUUGUAAUUGUCCAAGAACACUUUCUGAAAUAGCUUCUGCUACACAGUUUCCCGUCACGUUGACAUCCACAACCCACAGAGACCCAAAUGUAGCCGGAGUUUUAUAUUUAUUACAGUUGAGGUCUGAGCGCUCUAAGUGCAUAGCCAAGUGCGUAUAAGUGCAUAUCCAAGUUAUGAUAUUGUCUCACGGGAGCUGUGACUGUUAUUAAAACCCUCCUUGUCUGUGCGUUCAAUCUCUUUCACAACUUGGCUGUUAACAUUUUGUAUAUGGACUGGGUUUCUUUUUUCACACACACAUGGCAUUUGAGCUGGGUGUCUUUUCUGAAUCAGCCUCAGAGGUUUAGGGUUUGUGAACUCACCGUGAAUAGAGGUUUCAAAAUAGUGCCUGCUCCCUGGCCUCAUUACCACUUAAUAAUGUAACUUUGACAGAAAAUAAAAGUGAUGAAAUGUUGGCCGGGAUGAAUUAUUUUGCUUCCAAGCACAUUUCAAAUCUCUGCAAGUUGAAGUUCAAAGCGUAGUGUAACAAAUGUGAAACAAAGGCUGCUAGGUAGGUAGUAAAUCAAUCUGAAAUCACAGUGGUAUGCUUUGGAAAGUAAUGUUCGGUAAUAUAAAGCAUAUGUGAUGACUUCUUAAUGGCUAAAACAAGCCGGCAGGUCCUUUGUAAAAAUGCAUCCUGUGUACGGGAAUCUGGUCCUCCUUACAUAAGACCUUUUCACUUUCUUCCUGUUCUAGGUGGACACGGUGGCUGCAGACUUUCUCCUGAGGAAGGACGGGGAAAGGAAAUUCAACGUUAAGACCUUGAGGCUCGGCCCUCUCAAUAAGAGAGGCUUCUACUUGGCUUUCCAGGCUCAGGGCGCCUCCAUGGCCCUGCUCUCUGUCAGGGUGUUCUUCAAGAAGUGCCCUCCUCUAAUCAGCGCCCUAUCCUCCUUCCCUGAAACAGUCCCUCGCACCCUGGUGCAGGAGGCACAGGGUGUGUGCGUGGAGAACGCUGAGCAGCAGGGGCCACGACCUCGGCCGCCAAAGCUCUUCUGUGGGGAGGAUGGCCAGUGGGUGGGCCAGCCGACGACCUCCUGCGCCUGUAAAAAAGGAUUUGAGCCCGCUGAAGGAAACACAAGAUGCACAGGUAAGAAAAUUAGGACACACGCAAAUAUGUGUGUAGACUACACCCAGAGAGGCAGCAGAGCGGGCAGACUAAACAAGAAAACAAUGGUACGAUGAGGGUGGGGUUCGCUGAGGGUUGAAGGGAGGAAGUGAGAGGCAGAGGAAGUUAAUGAGGCAAGGGAACGAGCUCUGACACGGGGGGGAGAAAAAAGAGAGAGGGGUCAGGUGGGGCAGCACUUAUCUCAGAGAGGAAGAGCAGGGUCAAAGGCUUGCUGCUGCGACAACUCCUGCUUCAGCCAAGAUAGAGAGAGCGCAGGAGAACUGCAGAGGUGAAAAGAGCGAGCAGGGGGGGAACGCUCGAGGUAAAGAUCAUAUCAGUUUGAGAACAUCAAAGCUGAGCAGACAAAAAAGAGAAGGAAGAAGCAGGAGGAUUCUCUCAGGAGCCGCGCUGCAGCUCCAUCUAAUGAGUCCAAUUAACAAGCCUCGUGCAUGAACACCCCCUACGUGCGCACUUGCAACAACACACGCUCCCCGCAACACACCAACAGAGACAAAUGUCGAGCACCGAAAACAAAGCAACAUAAGAAGAAAUGUUUUCUCUGGAAAAUGUGUGCUUGCAUCCGUCUCGGUGUGAAGGUAGGAUUCAGUUUGAUCUCCGUGGGAGGUAUAAUGAUUUUUCAUAACAAAAAUUUCAUUUCCGACAUUUUGCUUCUGGUGAAGUGUGCUUGGCAUUUGCAGCGUUCUGUUGCUGCUGAGGAGAGCUGUGAGGAGGAAAAACUCCCCAGACCAUAAAGGGAAAUUGCCUUUUAUAGCAAGAUUGAACAGUUAAUUUUCUUUUGAAGGCCGGUCAUUUCAGAAAAUGAAAUUGUCGACGAGGUUUACUAUUGGAUUAAUUUUUCUGUAAUGCCUUUAUCUCCUGUAGACAAAACACACAAUUUCUGGGUCAAACACAAAGCUUUAAUGUAAAACUUAUGAAUGCUGUCAAGUUGAUUUAGUGUCUCAGAUGUGCUUGAUUACAAUAUUUAAACACCGGCUUUGAAGUAGACUCUAGCAGGUUAUGAAUACUGUUAUAUGAGUGCUGUGUUUCUCCAUGUACCAUGAGCUUUACAGAUGUUGCACUCAGAACAAGGGUACAAGUAACUGCCUGGAUGCUAGCUGCAGUACAAAAACGGGUAUCCAUUAUGUCAUUCAUCAUGUUGAAAAAGACUUAUGCUUAAAUAGUAAGAUUAAUAAUAAUAAUGACAAGAUUAAUAAUGAGAAUAAUGAUAAUAAUAAUAAUGAUAAUGAUAAUAAUAUUGAGAUUAAUAAUGAUAAUAAUUAUGAUAAUAAUAAUAAUGAGAAUAAUGAUAAUAAUAAUGAUAAUAAUAAUACUAGUAAUGAUAAUAAUGAUAAUAAUAAUAAUAAUAAGAAGAAUGAGAAUAAUAACAAGAAUAAUAAUGGUGGUAAUAAUAAUAACAAUAAUAAUAAUGAGAAUAAGAAUGAGAAUUAUAAGAAUAAUAAUGAUGGUAUUAGUAAUAAUAAUAAUAAUGAUAAUAAUAAUAUUAGUAAUGAGAAUAAUGAGAACAAUAAUAAUAAUAAUUAUAAUGAGAAUAAGAAUGAGAAUAAUAAUGAUGGUAAUAAUAAUAAUGAUAAUUAUAAUAAUAAUAAUAAUAAUAAUAAUAAUAAUAAUGAGAAUAAUGAGAAUAAAGAUAACAAUAAUAAUAAUAAUGACAAUAAUAAUAAUAAUUACAACAAUACUAACAACAAUAAUAAUAGUCACAAUAAUAACAAUAAUAUUUCUAUUUAUAAUGCGUUUUACACCUGAGAAAACAGACCUCAAAGUGCUCACAGUAAAAGGCAACAGUAAAAAUUGUUGUCAUUGUUUAUCUAAGGAUCCAAUAUUAACAAACAAACAGUUUGUGCUGGUUGUUGAAUAUUCCUAAAAUUGGCAUUGAUCCAAGUGUGAGACAUUCAGACAGCUUGAUUGAUUGAAACAAUUAUUUUCCUAUGACCAUUAGUAACAGAUGAGGGUAAUAAGUGUCAUUAAAACGAGAGAUCAAAUACACCUGAGUUAGUUUAUCAAUCAUGUCUGACUUUUAUAGUUGAGAUUUGAACAACCCUGAACAGGUGAUGAUGUGGAGCAGUACACAAAUAUAUGUUUCACACCUGGGAGAGUCCUGCAGGCAAACAUCCGUCCGACAGGCCUGAGUGAAAAACAAGUCUGUUUUCACCAUAACAAAGCUGCCUUCAGUGUGAAAGUUGAUUGUUUAAUUCCUCUCACUCAGCAGCUGGAGCCGGAUUUCAACACACUGUAAACACUUUAGGUCCCAGUGACUGUAUGUGGCAUCAUGAGGUGACAGCUCAUUAUACACAAUCACGAGUAAGACAAAAAUCUUAGGAAAAGACUUUAGACUUAAGAUGUAGCGACUGACUUUUGUCGUUUUUAAAUAACAAUUUAGAUUUUAUGUCGUUUUUUUGUAGUUUUUUAGUUAAAAAGUUGUCAGUAAAAUGUCAGAUCUCACAUUUACAUCUGGUGAAGCAACUCCGGUGAAAAGCAGCAUGUCAGUGACAGACUGGCUUAUUUACUAAAUUGACUGUUACCAUCCCAUUCAUUACUGUGAUUGUGUUCAGUUUAUAGCCCUCAUUAUACCAUUCUGUCUGUCAGUCUGCAACCAUCUGCCACCUAAGUACCCUGAGAAUAAAACACAACUGUAUUUGCAAAUUCAGUUUGACCUCAGCCUGUCUGCGACGCCAGGGGAGGUGGAGACUAUCUUAAAUGCCCUGUUUCAUUCAGAGGUCAUGUCUGGAAUUAUGAAAGUUUGCCCUCAUUUGUUUUCUCCUCCUCCUGUCUUCCUCAGCCUGUCCUGUGGGUCAGUUCAAGUUGGGCACAGAGGGACAGUGCACAGGCUGUCCGAGCUUCAGCCAGGCCACCACCAGGGGUUCGUCUGUGUGUACGUGUCGCUCUGGAUACCUACGCGCAGAAACAGAUGCUCUUGAUUACCCGUGCACUAGUAAGUAAAAAGACAAAAUCACUUAAAGCACACUCUAGGAAAUCCAUACUGUGCAGAAGUAUGUUUCACCCUUGAAGUCCAGUUUCUCAGACGAGUGUAAGUGCUCAAUACCUCAACCAGCAAGAAGAGACUGUAGAACAGGCUCCCAUCCUUGACAUAGCUGGCCUCGUAGAUGGAUAUGAACAUCGAACAAAAAGCACCGCAAACGAACAGGAUUUUUCCGGCUCUCACAGGUUAUUUCACGGUAUGACAUGUGAAUUAUAUUAACAACACGUACAGUAAAAUGAUUAGACAGCCCCAUAGCUCUAAAAGCUGGAAAAUGAUUAGGGCUCUCUCUCUCUCUCUCUCUUCCUCUCAGCGCAGCGCUGUCUCUUAGAACAUAAUUAUUUGAAUGAUUUAAUUGAUUUAUUAAUUGAAAACUUUAAAUCUAAUUUGUUGAAUCAUAGCCUAAGUGUUCUAUUGCUGGUGAUAGACGUAUAUGGCAAUUCAGAGCUUAUGCUUAGUAGUUGUUUUGUUGUUUUGAGUUCUGCAGCCAUGUUGUGUUGUGCUGUUGUUGACAUCACCUAUGAUGAUGAAAUGUCAUGUGUGCGUCUUUAUAAGACCUGUCGAGGCCAGCGGGGACUGGGGAGGGGGGAUAGUCCUGCUAUGCCACGGUACAGGGCACCUAAACCUGGUGUGAGUCUGCCCUAAAACAUGAAUACACAUGCAAAUAAACAAGAGACAACCAUCACAGGCAUCCACUGGCUUGUUGUCAGUCUCUUCCUUCCUAAAUGCACUUCUUCACUUUGUUUUUUAAUGUCUGCGGUGCUGUUUCUCUUUUCCUCUGGGGUCAUUUAGCCAAAACUCCUCUUAUCUGCUUUGUGUCCUUUGUCCCACUGCAGGGCAUUGAGAUGCAUGUCUUUUGUGACAGGUUGUUGGGGGGUAGGGGCUUCACUCUAAAGUGGAGUAGGCAUUGAUGGUCUCAAGUGACACCUCUAUGCGGAUUCAGGAAUUUCAAUUCAGACACAUGUUGCUGGUGUGAAUGGGAGGGACUUUUUAAUUAGCUGCACUCUUUUGGGGAUGGCUGUAAAGACGACGGGAAACAAUGUGAAGCAGCAUCAGGCUGCAGAGACUUCCUGUUCUGUGCAGGUGUGAUAUCAAAGCCGACUGGAGCUUAUACUCACAGUUAUUUUUACUGAUAACUUUAAUUGCAAAAACUUUAUCUUAAUUAUUUAUCUCAUAAUUAUUCCAUUCCUAUUAUUUGUCCUGUUUUUUUUUUUUGUACCUGGAUUGCCUGAGGAAUCCUGCACAGCACUUUUAUUUUCAAUUUGUCUGCAAAAUUAUAAACCAGCCGUGCCAUCAGUAAAUCAUGCAGACCCUUCCCCCUGAAACGAGUGUUUUACAUAACUAUGACAGCCUCACUUAUUUUAAUAAAGCGGUUUCUGAUUGUAAAGUCGUAAAAUGUAUCGCCUCUAAAAAUCCCCGUUUUCACAUGUUGAAUAAAAAUUCAUUUGCACCCAGAUUGUCUCUGAUGUUGCCCCACUUGGGUUUCCAAUGAGAACACUAUUAGCACUUAAGUUAGCUGCAGGCUCCGUGACAAAACUCUGUCUCCUUGGCAGGAACAGAAACUCAUUCACACUGGCUGAGUGGUAUUGCUGUUUAGUUAUGCUUGGCUUGAGGCAAUAGCUAUCUUCUUCAGACAGUGAUCAUUAUCAUCCAGUUUGAGACAAAUGUAAUUGCACCAGUUAGAUUCUGCAACACAUAUGCUCCUGCUGGGAUGCAAAGCCACUGCAAGAUCGUCGUUCUGCUUUGUGACUGCUUACACAGACUGAGUAAAAGAUCAUCAGCCUGUAUGUUCAACAUAAACAAAUGGCCUAUGUGGGUCACGGAAAGGUAAAGCAGCAGCAAAACGACACAGCAGAGAUUAUAAUUUGAUUUAAUAGACGACUUUUACACACUAUGACUGCAGCAGAGCUAAGCAACACCUACAUAUUAAAAUCUGAUGACAGUUUUGACCGAAUAAUGUGACAGUAUUUGGGUGAUGACUACCGGUGCUUUCCAGAGGUAUUCAGUGGAAAGAAAAAAAUAGAGACUUUGUCAAACGUAAUGUUGCUAUAAUGUUGCUGUAAUGACUCUGCUGAGUCAGCGUGAUAAGUUGAGAAAACUGCGACACCUGGGCCUGACACUAAUGCUGCUGUUAAGCCCAGUGGGGGGAAAACAUUUAAAGGAAUAAUCUGAUAGCUUGGGAGCAAAGUGCAUUAGUCCUAAACAACUAGCACACAGUUGUCUUAGCUUAGCAUGAAACUGGAAUAAAAGGAAACAACCGCAUAAAGCUAGCUGAUCGAUUCCCCUCUCUCUCUCUCCUGAGGUCCAAUCUGUGAUAUAGCCUUUGACCUAUCACUAUCAUUACGAAGUUAAAAAAAAGAACAUCAAACUGUAGUUUCAUCCGGGAAACUGUUGGACUGUUGUUUGGGAGCAGGGAUUUGCCAUCUGAAAACUACAGAUGUGUGGGUUUCGUUGACGUAAUGAUUAAAUGCAGUUGGUCAGCAGCAGAAUUACAAGUUGCACAGAGGAGUUGAGUUGUUGAUAUUUGUGAGUUGUCACAAAUAGCAUGUUGUGUCUAAGCUGUAGCACAGCCACCAGCAGGAACUGUUGCUGGAAACAUGAUACGAUAAUGAUCUACGAUCCAGUAGGGGUGGGAAUCACUAGUGACCCAACAAUACGAUAAUAUCACGAUACUUGGGCCACAAUACAAUAUUAUUGCGAUUUUAAACAAUUUGCAAUACUGUGAAUAUUGGGAUACAGUGUAUAUUGUGAUUUAUACAUUUUUUUUUAACUGUUUAGCUAAUUUAGCAUUUGACUUUCCUUUAUGUUUGUCUUAUUCACACAGUAUUUUAUCUUCAUGUUGCACAUCUUGCAAAUUUCAUAUAUAUUUGAUGUACUAAUUUUCUCCUGUUCUAUGAUGUCACCUCUUUCCAUUAUCAUAGAUUUGACUUCAUAUUCACGAUUAAUUUGAAAAACUGAUACUUGGUAAAUGAGACAAUACAAUAUAUCACCAGACAAAAUAUUGCGAUUCUAUGCUGUAUCGAUAUUUUCUCCCACCACUACUAUCCAGAUGUAAUCAAGCAGCGAGGUGUGAAUUUGAAUUAUUACGAGUUAGAAAAUGGAGAUUAAGUUGUAUGUGGGCUUAAAGAAGUCGUGCAUUUGGAUGUUCGCCUAAAAUUGGAUCAAUAGGUUUGUCUUUAAAACCUCUGUGAUGAGCUUUCAUUUUGUUUUAAUGUCGGCGCUCCCUGCUGACAAAGGCUGCUCAUGUUGUGUACAUGCUGUCGUUAUGUUCCCUGAAAAAAAAAAACUGUUUUCUCUUAAACACUUCGACUUGUAAUUAGCUGUAAAUCCAUUAUGUGAGAAGUAUAAACACAAGACUGUUGUGUUCACUGAAUUGAAUUAAACAAGGACACAGAGAAUCUUCUCACUCAUGGAUUUGUUUGCUUUUGUCUUAUUGUUCAAAUGGCCUUCAUUAUAUACAGCCAUGACAUACACUGAAGUCUGCUCUGUAACCGACUCAAACAGAAUCUCUUUGUAGGUUGAUUUGCUGUUUAAGGGUUUAACGAUGGCUUUUUUUGUCAUUGUAGGACCUCCCUCAGCCCCACGUAGCAUUGUCACUCAGAUUAACGACACCACGCUCAGUCUGGAGUGGAACGAGCCCCUGGAUAACGGCGGCAGAACAGACCUGAGUUUUAGCGUCAGGUGUUCUGUGUGUAGGUCACCUAAGGGGCCGUGCCUUCCCUGUGGAGACAGUGUCAGCUACCGCCCCGCACAGCACGGCCUUCUGGGUCGCAGAUUGGAGGUGUGGGGCCUGCUGCCUCAUACCACGUACGUCUUCACCAUCCAGGCGCUCAAUGGGGUCUCACAGCUCAGCGGCAAGGACCCUGCCAGUGAAAGUGUCAACAUCACCACGAGCCAUGACGGUGAGAAGCGGAGGGAGACAGGUAGAGAGGUAUAAAUAAUCGAGCUUCGCUGUGGUAUUUAUAAUUCUUCUACCAUCUGUGCAGUGCCUUCGCUGGUGUCUGUGAUUCGGAAGAGGGACUCCACAGAGAGCAGUCUGACUCUGCACUGGUCCGUCCCAGCUGAGCCUCACUACACCAUCCUGCAGUACCAGAUCCGCUACUGUGAGAAGGUGAGAGCUGCCUGACAAAAUCUCUCAACCAUCAGCUGGCUCAAAGGCCACAUGCUAUUCAAGGUGACCAGUCAUAUUUCAGGGGAGCUGUGCAUCAGGCUUUAGAAAGUCCAGAGAGAAGAAACACUAACAGCAGUAGAGAAAAGGAGUUUUUCUUUAUUAUUUUGACAAAGUUACAAAACGUAAUCAUUAAUGUAAAUGACAACCCAAACUGCCUUUAGCCCAGUGGUCCUCGAGGCUCACUGUCCUGCAUGUUUUGGAUGUUUUCCUGCUCCAACACACCUGAUUCAAAUGAUCAGCUCGUUAUUAAGCCAUUUCAGAGCUUGUUAACGAGCUGAUCAUUUGAAUCAGGUGUGUUGGAGCAGGGAAACAUCCAAAACAUGCAGGACUGUGGGCCUCGAGGACUGGAUUGAGAACCACUGCUUUAGCCUUUAUGAUGACAAUCCAGACAUAUUAGCUUCAGAUAUUUGACUGUUUAGAUUAUGUACAGGGAUCCUACACAGCUGGAAUUUCCAUACUUUUCCAUACUUUUUAGAAUUAAUUUUGGAAAUACCUGCUUUUCUAUUUUAGAAAACUUUUUUUAGAACUGUGAUAAUAGUCUGGAAUCAUAAAUAUUUUUCCAUACUUUAUUCUUCAUUUUCCAUACUUUCAAAGACCUGGAAACUGAUCAAAUUUAUUUCCAUACUUCUCCGUACUUUCCAUACUUGCAUAGGAACCCUGUGUGUACCAAAUGGCCUUCUGUUUUGUUAUUAUGUCCUUUUGGCCGUAUUUUGAUAUUCAUAUUUUAUUAGAUUUAAGAUUUUUGUUCCAAACAUGAGAAGUUAAAACACAACGAAUCGCAGUUUAGUUGCCAAAUAUCUCGACAUUCGUAACAUUCAGGUAAAAUCCAAGACAUGUUUCUAAAGAUGGAGUUUUUUUUUAUGGAGUGUUACUUACUUAUCUUGUCUUCAUAGCUGGCAAAGUUUUCAGCAAAAUAAUUCAUACUUCAUUUUUAACAGGAUGUAUGAAAGGGCAACUACCAACCACAGCUUUUAGUUCAACAAAUAAACCAUCUUUUUUGUCCAUCUUGUUUUUAUCGAACAUCUACAUUUGUUUGUAUGUAAAUCAUUACUAAAUCCAAAAGUAUGAGACCGAGUAUCCAUGGUGCGUUUUUAAUUCCCAUGGUAUCUAAUCUCAAGAGUGGAACCUCAAUUUUCUGAUCUCAAGGCCGUGUGUCUUCAGUUUCUAAUUUCUUCAUUUUUGCUUGAAAGAAAACACCCAGUAAAGCCUGACUCAGACCACCCACCACUUUUUCAUGCAUUUAAUACACAUACAAGUGUUACUGAUGAACAAAGUAUGCGUUGCCUUUAUUUGGUCCUGCUUUAAAAACUGGACCUCAUGCCUCGAUGAGAUUGUAUGUCUAAGUAAAGGUCAGAUUAUUACAAAUAUAAGACUGUUUAAUUACGUUUUGAUGCACUCUAAUUUCAGAUGUAAUUAUACUUGAAGAGCGCGGCCUUUUAAUUAUGUAGAUUAUCCUAUAGCGGUCCCUUUGGGUCCGAUUUCUUCACUGUGAUUAUGUUGUUUUCUCACAUUCUUCUGUUUUGCUCACUUUCAGUCCUUUCAGCUUUAUUGUGUUUUCAUUCUUUAGGAGCGCAGAAGCGAAGACCAGUGCCACUACACAGAGAGCGCCAGAAACCAGGCUGUGCUGACAGACCUCCGUAGGGCUACUCAGUAUGAGGUGCAGGUUCGGGUUCGCACCAUGGCGGGAUACGGCAGCUUCAGUCCUACGACUGUCUUCCGCACGCUUCCUGAUGGUAGGAAAGAGCCUGUUUGCUUUUAUUUCCUCCACAUGUGAUUCUUUUUUCCCUUUUAACAUUUUUUCCCUCUCCACCCGGGAGGUUUUAGAUUCUUCUCUUGUCAUGAGUCUACUGCCUGUGUCCUUGUAUCGAGUUAGUGUCCUUGUAUCGAGUGCUUUCAUAUUAUAUAAAUUCUCGUCAUGCUCUUCGUUUUCUUCUUGUGCUUUUCUUCACUUCUCAUGUAAAGCUUCUGUCAUGAUUUCCGUUACAUUACCCUCAACUCUCUGUUUGUCUGUCUCCUUUUUCUUCCGUCUCUUUUGUUCUCCGUCUCCUCUCUCAGGACAAGACGCUGCCUCCCAGUUCCUGGUACCCGGCAUCCUUAUCGCAGUUGGGAUGCUGCUGCUUGUCACUUUCGUCUUUGUGGCCGCCUACUGCAUACGGUGAGAACCAGGGGAGAAGGGAGAAAGUGAGGCGGAGAUAAAAGAUAGACUUGGAAGAGAAAGAAGCUGACAGAAUAACAGGAAACAGUGAAAAGGGGGAAAUCCAAAAACCAAUAACAACCGUGACCCCAAUUUUGCAGCUUUGCACCGCUUUGUUCUUUUGUUUAUACAAUCGUAUCUUAUCAACUGUGGAUUUGCACUCUGUUAUCCACACCUUUUUUCUCUCUCUCUUUUUUUUUUUAUCAGUGUGAGGCAGUUCAGACACAAAGCAGUGCUUAUGAUGUCUUCUGCUUACACAGCUAAAAGUUAUCCUGCUCAUUAGAACGUUUUCCUUAGGCUUCAUUGUUUGAGUAAAUACUGCUGGAUGCCAUCAGAGGUAGAGAAGGAGAGAGAGGGCAUGUUUUUGUGUGUGUGUGUGAGAAGAGAGAGAGAGAGAGAGGGAGACAGGUUGAGAAAAAUAGCGGUAGAGGUAGAGGGCAGGGAGAGACAGGAUGCAGGCGUCCCAACCCUGUUUCCACAGGACAGGAGAACAAUAGCUGUGACCUUGUGACACACACACACUCACUUACACACACACACACAUCACACAAACCAGCGGCAGCGGCAGAGGCCCAGAUCUGCCACUAACUGAGGGUGGUGCAUUAUUGCUAUUUUAGGCUUAUGAGGUGGGAGAGGGAGAGAAAUGGAGGAAGGCAGGGAUCCAGUCGCUACAGGGGUUGUUACAGUCUUGCAGGGAUGAAUUUGCUCCAGCUGGAUUAUAAUGGGUGGAGCGGCUCGUGUUAAAGAGCAGAGGGAGAUGAGGCGGGUUCAGGUGCGGGAUGUUACCACGAACCAUAAUGCACUGUGUCUGAUCGAGAUGUCUGGAGAUAGUUUAGAAGAGACAGAAGACAGUUUCUCAACAAGGUAAAAGAUUCAUGUCAAAAAUGAUGAGUGUGCCUUUGAGGUUGAGUUUAUCUCCCGGCUAGAGGGUCUGCAACUGAGCCGACCUCUGACCCGGGGACAAGAAAGCAGGAUAUCACACAUGGGAUUGAUACCUUUUUAUAUUUUUGCUAGGCUCACUUACAAUCAAGGUUAUUUCAAACAAAAGAAGCAAAGAAAAUGCAUAUUGUCAAUUUUUAAUCAAAGCCAUGAUGAAUCUAGGUUUUAGGCUGAUUUAGUUUGUAUAUUUGUCAGAGAUGCACCGAUCCUUUUUUAUCAGUUCCAAUCCUAUACCAAUACCUGGGCUGAGCGUAUCGUCUGAUAUCUGAUACUGAUCCAUUACGGCUGUGUCCGAAAUGGAUCCCUAACCCUUAUAUAGGCGACUAUACGGGGGUUAGCGCCAUUUUGAGGGGUGUCCGAAACCUGAGUGAUCAAUUCCAGUGCCCCAUAUAGGCGACUCAAAAUUUCCCAUAGAGCAUUAAAAAAUGUAGUGACCAUCCGAUGGUCACUCACCGGUGGUGGGCAUCCCAUCGUGCAUUGUGUCUUGCCAUGUAGUGUCCGAAACCUCCAGUGAUUGAGCUCACUACAUAUAGUCAACUAUAUAGUGAAACCCCAUAUGAAGGUUAGGGGUCAGGGAUUGAGUGAUUCUUUUCAGACACAGCCUACGACUGUUGAAUGAAUGAACUGUAUACCUUACCCUGCGAGGGAAGACAUCAGGCUUGAAAUUAGCCUUGUUAAAAAAGGUAACAAAUUAACACAGUUAUAAAUUUAGUUAAUAUUAUUUAUGAACAAAUAACAAAUUUCACAUUAACACACAGCAAAAAAGAAGUAAAACUUCCAUGUAAACAUUUAGUGCAAACAGAUAGACAGACAUAGAAUAUAGAGCGAACAGAAUCGCUGUGCUGCUGUGUUUGAUAUGAGUUAAAAGAAAAAAAAGACUCGAUCGGCGUCAUUCAUCAGAUAUCCGAUCAAGUUAAUUUGUCAAUAUCCGAGCCGAUAUCCGAUCCAAAUAUCGGAUCGGUGCAUCCCUAGUUGUUGUCAAAGAGGCAUCAUCACUUUCUCCUCUUCUUAUUCAUCUCAAACAUGGUUUUCAGAUGUACCUGAUCCGUUUCGUUUAAUCAGUGGCCUCCUUUUCACAGUCUGUUUAAGACAGAUCUAUCACACCCUCAGUGUAAACAGCACAAAAGUGAAGCGGUGCUGCAAAGUUGCUGAGCCGGCAUUGGAGGGAGUAGAGGCAAACAAGAGGCAUCACGAAGACAAAACAGCACAGCGAACUGUCAGAGCCGGCGGGAUGAAACAGUGUUGCCAGUGUGUGUGAGUGUGUGUGUGUGUGUGAGAUACUCAAUCCCACAGUCCACCCUAAAGCCUAAACUGAACUCUUGAGGACUUACACCUGUUCACAGUUUGGGUGUGAAGGCCAGAGAUGGUAUCAGACUAAAGCAGGGGGAUACACUUUCGAGACAUUAAUAACAAAAAGGCCGAUCUCCAGUGUGAGUGAAUGUCUGUGUCUGAGUCUUCAAACUCCGGUGACUCGUCCUGCUCAGUUCAUCGCAGCCUCAUAGAGCUCUGCAGAUAAAAUCGAUAUUAACGAGGCGGAGACGUAUCGUUGUUAUUCUGCUUUUAUUGCAUCUUAACAGUCAGUAUGUAACACCACUGAUUUGCAUCACAUUUAGCUGAUAAGCAUCUAUUCUUCAGAGAAACGCACUACCAUACUUAUCUCACUUCCUUUUGUCCCGAUCUCUCCACCUGCAGCAGACACAGCCGACUGAAGGAUCCCGAACUGAGCGACAAAAACAACCAGUAUCUCAUCGGGCAAGGUAAGGAUUUACAACUUCAAUCCACGUCAUGAAAAUAAUUUCCAAUGUGACUGCGCUCAUUUAUGCCCACUGUGCUCCGACAUGUCCUCUUCCUUUUUCCCACGACUGUCUUUGUAUUUUCGCUCACAGGGGUUAAGGUCUACAUCGACCCCUUCACCUAUGAGGACCCUAACGAGGCCGUUCGAGAAUUUGCCAAGGAAAUUGACGUUUCCUUUGUCAAGAUUGAGGAGGUUAUCGGCGCUGGUAAGUCCCAGCCCUGUUCUGUUCCCAUAACUCUGAAUGUGUUUGUUUUUUUUCUUUUAACCAGGCGGACAGAUUUACUACUUUCAACAAAACAUUAUUGAAUGGAUGAUUAAUUAAAGUUAAAUAGAUUUUUUGACAUUUAAAUCAAUGUCUGUGUCCUUCUAAUAAGGCAAAAAUCAAUAACACGGGGAAAAUAAAGAAAUUAACCGAUUAUUAACAUUGCCAGCCUUCAUGGAAAUCAAAGGUCACGAGUAGCUGUGAGCAAGUUCUAGCUUUCCGGGAACAGCUCCGGUCCUCCUGAUGUGAUAAACACCUGUCACAUAAAACACCCACAAUGUGUUUUUAUGUGUCUUUGCUGCAGGAGAGUUUGGAGAGGUGUGUCGAGGACGGCUGAGGGUGCCCGGGAAGAAGGAGAACUAUGUAGCAAUUAAGACGCUAAAGGGAGGCUACACUGACAAACAGAGAAGAGACUUCCUGUCUGAAGCCUCCAUCAUGGGCCAGUUCCAACACCCAAACAUCAUCCACCUGGAGGGGAUCAUCACCGCCAGCUGUCCAGUCAUGAUCCUCACUGAGUUUAUGGAGAAUGGAGCUCUGGACUCUUUUCUACGGGUGAGUUUGAUACAAAGAACACACACUCUCACACACUCUCACACAUUUAAACAGACUGCCACUUCAUUCUUGCUCCAGCUGAGCCGUCUCUUCUCUCUUCUCUCUUCUCUCUUCUCUCUUCUCUCUUCUCUCUUCUGUCUCUCUCCUCCACAGCUGAACGACAGCCAGUUCACGCCCAUCCAGCUGGUGGGAAUGCUGCGCGGCAUCGCCUCGGGCAUGAAGUACCUGGCAGAGAUGAGCUACGUCCACCGAGACCUCGCCGCCCGCAACAUCCUGAUCAACAGCAACCUGGUGUGCAAAGUGUCUGACUUCGGCUUGUCGCGCUUCCUGCAGGAAAAUUCCUCUGACCCGACCUACACCAGCUCUCUGGUGAGACGAUUAUCCUCUGCAGAAAACACAUGAAACCCUUUCACUGCUUUCUUCUGCAGUACCUGGGCACGCUUUAUUCUGAGGUGUUAGCCUAAAUCUUCAUCUAAAGACCUUCAUGUAUAUUUGAUUUGCUCUCACGAUAGUUUUAUUGAAGCAUUCAUGCUUGUCGCUCUAGAACCUGCCAUUAUUUUACCAGAUUGACCUAAACUCGCUAUUUUACCCUCUUAUAGUUUCUUUCAGGCCAUUUUCAAUUCAGUUUUUUUGCAGAGCUGACAGUUUCUUUUUCCAUGCAGGGAGGUAAGAUCCCAAUCCGCUGGACAGCGCCAGAGGCAAUAGCCUUCAGAAAGUUUACCUCCGCCUCAGAUGUGUGGAGCUACGGCAUCGUCAUGUGGGAAGUCAUGUCAUUUGGAGAGAGGCCGUACUGGGACAUGAGCAACCAGGAUGUAAGUUUGAAGAAAGAGCCAUUAAUGAUAAUGAGUUACCCAAGAAGUCAGAUGUCGGAGCUGAAAAUGACGUCAGAACUGAGUUAACAGCGUUUCAGUUACCAAGUCGGAAAUAAGCAAAAUCGGAGGCGGAAACAAGAUGGCUACAUCUAUGAAAGUUAUUUUAGUGCUAGCCUUGUCCUUGUUAUAUUCGGACAAGGCAAGCGCCAAAAUGACGUCAUUUUCAGCUCUGACAUCUGACCUCUCGAAUGCAGCAUAAGUUUAAUUGAAAACCAGUUUAAUUAUCUUGUAGUUGUUGUUUUUCCCUCUCUUCCUUUCUUCAAACGUCUAAAAUAUAUAUAUAUAUAUAUAUUCUAUCAUCAGGUGAUCAAUGCCAUCGAGCAGGACUACAGGCUGCCUCCACCCCCCGACUGUCCCACCCACCUGCACCAGCUGAUGCUGGACUGCUGGCAGAAGGACCGCUCGGCGCGCCCUCGCUUCGCAGACCUCGUCAGCGCUCUGGACAAGCUGAUCCGCAACCCUGCGUCUUUGAAAAUAGUCGCUCAAGAAGCUGGAGGGUCAGUAUGCAAAUGUGUAUUUCAAAUACCUGUCUGUCAAAGUGAAUCUGCAGCUGAGAAUGAACUGAAAAGAGCAAGAAUGUCCGUCCUUUAUGAAGUUUCUCUCUCAGUGUCUGUGUGGAAUUCUAACCAUCUUAAGACAGGCAUUGCUCCCCCCCCACCCACCCACCCACUGCCCAAUCUUGUGUUGCACCUUAAUGUCCUGCUGUGACCUGCCACUCAAUUGUUUUGCCCACUUCCCUUCCUCCACCUUCUGCCUGUCAGCUGGACGCAUGCAGCUGAGGACACUCCACCCCUGACAAAUCUCAUUGUUUGUCCCUGUCCGUCACUCAGCCUCAGAUUAUACCUCUGCCUGUCGGCUGGAAUGUUGCUGCAGGAUAUGUAUAAGCUCCUCACUGUUGUUGUGCUGAGUGUGUAUGUAAAGUUGUUCCCUUUGUUUCCUCGCUCUGUUCCCCAGGCCAUCCUACCCCCUGCUGGACCAGCGAACACCUUUAGCCCUCUCAUCGUGUGCGUCAGUGGGGGAAUGGCUCAGGGCCAUCAAGAUGGAGCGCUACGAAGACAGCUUCCUGCAGGCCGGCUUCAACUCAGUGGACCAGCUGGCCCAGAUCACCACACAGUCAGUUCUUAUCUUUUCUUGUGAAACCAGAUACUUCCAAGCAGUUUUAUGCUUUUUAGUCCUGAUCGUGACUUACGGGCUAAAUAAUGUUAUUUUAUUUAGGAAUAUAUCCAUCGUUAUUAUUCGUAUCUAACAGCUGAUUCUCUUGAAUUUUGCUCAGGGACCUUCUGCAUAUGGGAGUAACUUUGGCUGGACACCAGAGGAAAAUUCUUUCAAGCAUCCAGACAAUGACCUUUCGAAACAAGAGCACAACAACUGUGACCUUCUAGCUGCUCACCUGUCCUCUCACCUGGACGUGACCACCAGCACACGGGAGCAGCCACGUUCUGAGAGUAUACUCUGGACUGUCCGCAGUGACACAAGGACUCCGAGAGAGAUCGGCAGAAUAUAUUCAAACGCCCCCGGGGGAAAAAAUCCAAACAGAAGAAUACAAAAAAAAAAAAGAAAAGAAGUGAAGAUGAAUGUUCCACCAGAAUGAAAGAGUCAUCUGGAGACACGUUGACUGACCAAGUUUUAAAGUUUGUAGUCAGUGUUUUUAUGAAUACCACAAGGACCUAAUUACUGGGCUUAACCAAGAGGAGACAGAGUUUACAACAUUUUCAUAAAACCAUGUCGUUUUAAAACUGGCGGUUGACUGAUUUGUCAAACCCGUUAAAAAAGAGUCACUUAGCAGAAGGAGAGGAGACUCGCCGGUGCCAUUCCAAGGAUUCAGUGUUCAUCAUAUUGUUGUGUAAUUAUGAAUGAAUCUUGCUCUCACCCUGGGUGUCUUGCAUAUUAUUCCAUUUGGAUUAUGUUACCGCUCAGACAUCUCGACAUUUUAAGUGUUGGAUUUAUUUCUUACUUUAUAUUCAAAUUCAGCAUUACCUCCUCUUUACUCAGGUGUGAUGUGUAACGCAGACUUCGGAGAGUGUCGUUUUUUCUUUUUUUAGCAUUAACAGACUGAUCUUCCCCCAGUUUGGCUCGACGCUUCCAGCUCUACGUGUGUGUGUGUGUGUGUGGAGAAGAGAGAGAGACACCAAGACAUAUCAGCACUUUUGUCAUUUCAAAGUGAAUUGUAAUCUCCUCUAGCUCCAUGUAUUUCUCAUGGAGUGGGGUGGGUGAUUUCUACUGCCUGUGUGUCUGCCGGCAGCUCCGUUUCAUUGGAGUCAGACUGAACAAGGACCAAGUGGACUCAGAGACCAGAGAACACUGUAGAGUCGAUUUUCCUUGUAAAAUUUACCAUGGACGCUAUCUGGCCUCAGACUUGUUUUUCUUGAUAUAACUGAUACAUUUUUAAUUCUUGUUCUGUUUUCCAUCUUCCAGUGCCAUUCAGAUCUUUGUGUACUUCGAUUGCAUUUUUAUAAAGCAGAAAUCUUUUAUGAGUGACUUUUGUCUGAUGAAUAUAAGAAACCUUAAAGGCCUACUUUGACAUUAUGAAGUUCAGCACGUUAGCACUCUUGAACAGUCACUGGUUUAGCUAACACUUUACCUAAGAAGUCUCAUCAUGGGUGGGAGCUAAAUAACACGAGGUGUCGAGGUGUUAAUAAUUGCAGUAAUCCCCCUCAAAUUUCAAGCGUAAAGACCCGCUCCGAUGACAAUCACGUUUUUCUUGUUUUUUAUAUGUCCAUACUGCAUUUUUCUGAUGCUACAGGACAUAUCAUGAGAAAACUAAAUGUGAAAUUGCUUUUCUAAGUAUUUCUUCAAAUCCUUUGAAUCUCUGACAGACCCAAACAGCAGGUUCAGAAACAGUCAGUGCCUUUACAUGCACAGCUUAAUCAGAAUAAGCUCCAAAUUUGUUUCUUUCGCCGAAUUGGACUUCUUUCCUUGUCCGCGUGUACAUGCAACUGGGAAUAUUGAAUUAUUGAUGUGAACGUUCCCUCCUCUCCAGAAGCUAGGGGGCGAUAUGGGUCUUUUCAGCAGCACUGUUUUCAACCCCAUAUAACUGUCAACAACAGCAGCAGGUCUGUGCCAGAUGUCAGAAGUGGCUACAGCUGCUGUCGGGCAUUUUCGAGCAAGCAGAUGAAGCCUCAUACGCUGUUGUUUUUGUCGUACACGAUUUACGCUACUUUUUCUGAUGAGAUGCACGCUACUCCUCUUCUCUGGUGUUUUUGUUCCAGAGUUAUGGGGGCGUGGCACACGCGCACAUCCAUCUUCCGAUCAUUCUCUGACUGCGCUGGUUACAUGGUAAAGAAAAUCAAAUUCUGAUUGAAUGAUCUGGUGUUCUUAUCAGAGUUCUCCAACUCCAUUCAGAGUUCUCAAACACCGAUUAUGGUUGGACUAAGGUGUUUACAUGCACUUCAGUUGUCCGGUCUUAAUCGGAAUAAGGCGAUAAUUCGGUUUUCUCGAGUGUCAUGUAAACGUGACUAAGAUUUCAUACGUAACCAAUCCAAGCUCCGCCCCCAGAGCCCCGCUAUGCAGGCCACACUCUGCGUAUAGAGGAGAAAUACAGAGGACAAUCGCGAAACAAGCCUGUGCAUUCGUGGAUUGCAAUGCUAAUUAUGAUGUCAGCUUUCAUCGCAUCCUUAAAGACAUAAGUGUCCGAGAGCUGAACUGCUCCUAUGUUACCUGCCACUUCUGCUGCACAAGCAAUGUUAGGCUACAAGCUAACAUGAUGCGGUUUUUGGUAAAAAAAAAAAACUCCAUUAUCACAAUCUAAAGACCACUGAGAACACUGUAAGCAGUUAAAAAAACACGAUUGGAGUGGGACUUAAAAAGACGUGGAGUUAGCAGUUUUUUUGGUUUCAUAGUAGACAGCUAAUAAUACCGUUGAUCAGAUGAUUGACGAGCAGAGCAGUCUCCCUUUCUGUUUAAUCUAGUAUUCACUUUUAUCUUUGGGGUCAGCAAAGGUUUUCUCCUUUUGUGCCAAAGCUACACACAAAACGGUUCAUUUUUAAUCCAGCCUGGGAAACAAACACGUCUAGGAGCGGCGAGUUUGUAGUUUGUAGUAUCCAUAGGUUUCAGAGUGGAAUGCUAAUUACAGCACGGUGAGAUGAUGUUUGAUUAGCUGACUACCCCCCUCCCAAAAUAUAACAAGUGCUUGUUGAAAAGGAAUAACAGACUGGGGUUCAAAAUGUCAAAGUAUUUCUCAAAGACCUUGCAUCUCCUCAAGGAUAAUACCAGACUGUAUGACAUUUAGGUCAUGGAUCAUUUUCCCUGAGUUGCCCACAAACCUGCUGUGAAUUGAGAAAAUGAAGCUUAAACAUCUAAAACGCACUCAAACCACCACAUUAAAUAUAUAUAAAACACUCUUUUUAAAAUGUUUUUUCAUCAUCCCAUGCACUUUUAUAAAAGAUUUUCUUUCAGGUUGUUUUCUAAGGUUUCAAGAGGUUUGAAGUACAAAUUUGCACACUUCAGAUGUGAUGUGGUGAUAGACGUGCAUUCAGAUCUGGUUUCUAUACACCUAUAACGAGGUUGUUUUCGCACUCAAAAACCAAGUGAAGAAUUUGAGAUACCACAAAAUCAUUGCUUCUCUAUCUUUUAUAACAUUAGUAUACGGUGUGAUAGACCAGAAUUAAAAUCUCUAGUAUUGUCCUGCAAGAGUCUGAGAGUCCUUUAAUGGUUCUGGGAAAUGUGGUCUUCAUAUUGAAGAUCUGAAUAAAAUCAUGUUUGAACAAAUUAAUAGAUCAAGUAUGUUUUGAUUACCGUCCUGUGCGUAGGCUAAUCUGUACUCAGUAUUCAUAAUAAAGAUGCACACAAGUGUCUACCAUCAAGGACUCAUUUUUCAGCUUAUUACCAUGAUGAGUCGUCUGUACUCUGGCUCGACAAAGUUUCCCUUGAAAUUUCCUGUAGGCCUGUUCCUGAAAAAAUGAGAUUCCACUUUGUCUACCUGGUCCAAUCCCAGUGAACCCAGCAACUUUUGUCCCCAAUUCACAGCAACAAAGCAGCUCCACCUUUGCAAAAAAAAACACACACAGUUGUUUGAGGAUUAGCGUGAACUUUCAUGAUAUCCUCUGUUGGGUUUUUAUUUCAACGCUCAAGGAUGUGAGGUAAAUAAAUUUCCCUCUGAUCUCUUGUUUUUAUCUUUGGUUAGAUAAUUCCCCACCAGAACUGUCUGUGAUCAUAGCAGAGAUGUGUGAGCACAGAGUUUAAUGGGGUGUGUUUUUCUGCUGUCUCUGUGGCUCCUUGUUGCAAACAUGCCUCUCAUCUACCCCGUCGCCUCUUUUUAAUAAUGAGGGGGGAAAAACAGGAAAACACGAGGGUGAGAAAUAAGUCUCACUCCUCUUCUGUAAUUCUCAGCUUUGGCUUCUUGGAGCCUUUCCUCUUUCCUUCUGUUUCUCCAGAGAGAGCCUUUACCCCCUUGAGGGCUUGGAGCUUGUCCUCUCCUCUGUCUCCCUUCCUGGUCCUCAGCCCUUUUAAUCAUGAAGAGAUGUUCUUUUCUUCUCCUGCGCCUCAGGCUAAGAGCAGCUUAUAGCGGUAUAAGCUUAAACUCACACACCAUUUUUUCCCCUCUCUCUCUCUCUCUCUCUCUCUCUCCUCCUAUCGCCAAAAGGUACCUCAACCAGGCUAAGCUGCAAGGGUUUCAAGAAGUGUUUAGGUUCAUUGAUUAAUGUACUUUGAUUAUCUCUGUGUUACUGAAUCAUCCCUCUUCUUCUACUGCUCUCAUGUGGCCGACAAAGUACAGACCCGCGCUAAUGUAGCCUUAAUGUAGUGAAGAUAAAUAAGGAUGAGUAACUGCGCUUGUAUGCAUGUUUGUUAAAUCCCUCUGUGACACUCCGAGUUUAUAAAUCUCCGCAGCAGCGACUCGAUGUUUGAAAGAGAGAGUCAGGCAUUCAUCUCUGGUUUCUACUUCUGUCAGUGCUUUGUGUGACCUUUGACCCUAACGUAUAGAGCAAAUCUAGGCCCAGCUUUGUCUACGCGUCUGAAUGGCCAUUCAUUAGACCGGGCUGACCAGGUUUUAGCAUUUGGUGGAUUGUGUCAUUCCCCUCGCAUUCCUCUGUGCAUUCAAGUGUGGACUGUGUGUGUAUGUGUUCAUGUGGGUGGAUGGGUGGUGGUGGUGGGGGUUAACCAGUGGGACAGGUACAUGUGUGUUUGCGAGGGAGGAAGGGGGGCUGGGAUAAGAGGCGAUCUGAAAUGGUUUCACUCAGUCCAGGGCAGUAAACGCGCAGGAAAUCAGAGUGUGAUCCUGCAUCAAAUGAGCAGAAAUAAAAGUGUGUGUCCGUAGACAAAGUUUGGGGACUGUGCAGAGACAGUUUAAGGUAAAAGAAAGGCCGAAUCUGAAACAGACAGUAAAAAAAAAAAACUACACUUCUUGACAGGAUCAAGCUCCUAAACCAAGCUGUAUUCAUUUCCCCUGAUGCAACCAAAUAGUAUCUAAAAAGUUUUGAGGAGUAUCUAUCAUCAACUUCCUGUUAUAUUAAAUACAUGUAUCAAAGUAGGUGCACCACUGGAAGUCAAUGCUGUGAUUUUACAGGAUUGUUUAUCACCUUAUCAUAAAGCUUUGUCAUAUUUCACAUACCUUUACACUGCUUUUAGCUGACUAAUGGAGGCUAACGGCUGAUAUUUGUUUACAUGCAGUCAGGCAAAAAAGGAGGAAAACUUUCCUAUGAUUGGCUUCUGGAAGUCUAAAUGUCACGUCUGGGACAAUAUUUUGGUUAGUUUGAAUGUUAUGGUCCUCUAGUUACGAUAAACCUCACAUCUUUAGAGAAGUAGUCACUUUAAGAAUGAGUUUAGUCACAGUUUGAUUUAAAAAAAAAAGUGUUUUAGUUUGGCUUACUUUUAAAGACACUCUAUUAAAAAAUAUUCAAAAAUUUGCUUUAUAAUUUUACCCCCAAAAAAUAUAUAAAAUACUUUUUAUGUUAGCUGAUGCAGAGAAAUGAAUAAUGUCAUAUGCUAGCUUUCUCAUAAUGAAUCAACACAACUGUCAAUUAAAUUGUACAUAUUAAUAAUAUUAUUAUCUAUUACAGCCACUGUGAGUGACUAGUGGUUUAUGUAGAUACUGGCGCCCCCUGUGGACUAUGCAAGACAUUAUGACUUUUUUCUGAAUAAUGUGUUGUCAGACAAAAAAAAUGUGAUCAUGAUGUCUUUGAACAACCAAAUCGAUCUCUCAUUGAAUAUUUGACUUUUUGUAAAAAGUCAAAAGCAGUUUUUUAAAUCCCAUUGCUGAUCAUCUGGUGUGUUACUACCCUCUCACAGAACUUCAAGGCAUUAAUAAUAACAACAGUUAAAUUAUCAGACCUUUCGCUAAUGAUCUUGUUUGCUUUUUAGGGUCAUGAUGAGGCAUCAGUAUCUACCUCAGUCUGUUUCGCAACCUGUAAAAAACUCCUUACAGUGCCUUUAAUAUUUUGGUAAAUUGUAUUUUAUUACAUGUAUUCACCAUGUUGGCAUGUCUGCUAUUUUCCUCUGGGUGGAAAGCUCAUAUACUGUCCUAAUGUUGGUUUCCAGGUUGAAAUUUGUUCAAACGUAGGGUACCUGACAGUUGUUAUCAUUCUCUACUUCUCCACUGAUGAAAAAACUCAUAAAUUGAUCAUUUUGGAGGGAAAACUAGUCAUGUCAGCUCCAUCCUCUUACUAAUAUACCCUGUGAAAGUGGACUAAACUUUUAGUGACAGAUUGCGCUAUUUCUUCUUAAUGUAGGAUUAGAUUAAUUAUAGAAACCUACAUGUGUUUUUUCUUUAGAUUGCAGUAUAACUUUGAUUUUCCUCACUGGCAGAAGUCUGUAGAUGGAGAGUCAGAUUUGAGAUUGUCAUUCCUCUGCCUCGCUCGCUCCACUUCAACUGCCUGAUUUCCUCCCAGAGACGACUUGCAGACAAUUUGAUCGAAAUGGCCCAAUAUUUCUGGGCAAAUCCACCCAGCAGCCAGCUCAGAUUAUUCUUCACCUGUGUACGCAGCGUGAUAGUGGUGAAAGGCGGGAGGUGCACUGCUCAGCAGAGCGUCUCCACUCUGUUUUGUAUUAAAUGUAAUCAGUAGGAAAGUUGUUGCUCCCUGCUGCUCUACAGCAGAUCUGUUGACUUUUCUGAAUCCCAGGCCUGGCCACUGCCGACUAUAACAGUUUGUUCUUAGCUGACACACCUGCUCAAAUAAAGUUGCAAGAAUUUAAUUAUACUUUCAUGCUUCGGUACAGUUUGACAUGGAAUUAGCAUUGUUUUUUUAUAUCGCGCUCUUAAUCCUGUAAUCUAACCUAAACCCUUGUAUGACAGGCCCCUGCUGUCCUCAUAGUGUUAUUAUUGUUGUUUUUUGUUGUGGCAGACUAAUCAAAUAUUGUUAUUUAAUGACUUCCAGGCUGUCACCUCCAGAAAUAAUCUCAAUUUGUAUGUUUUUUUCUUGAAUUUGGAAUAUAUUUUCCAUCGGCUAUAGUUAUAGAUUUGUGUCCGGUCUGUUUCGUGUAUCUGUUUGCUUGUAAAAUUGAUUUUUCAUAAAGCAGAACAGUUUUUCAAUACAUAUUACGACUCCAUUUGUCACAGCUGGUAUCCACCUCUCCCUGAGCCGACUUCAAAGAUCAGAUCAUGUGUUGGAAGGACGAGGAAUGUGAAUAUGAACACUUUCAUGAGGAGUGAACGGCCCCUCUAGAGGUGUUUGCGGGUCUGUGCCCUGUCUCAGCUUUCAGCGCACACACAGCAGCCGUCCGUCUCCCCCCUCCGUCUUUUGUUUUCCACUGUGCUAAGAUGUGCUUGUUGCCUCCUGUGAGUAAAUGAAAGAAGUGUGACCUGCCCUGCUUCUCAUGCUCUCUGUGUGAAUCAGACCAUACUCUGAAACUCUAUCUGUACGUGUCAAAGACUAGUCUGCUUAAGGGGUGAUUGAAAGUAGGGAAACUAUCAGAUUGCUGAGAAAGUCUGAAGAGGGUUGAAGGAACACAAACAGGAUCGUGGGUUCAUAAAAAAGAUAAUCUGGUAAAGAUGUUUCUGAUCGAUGUGAUUGAUUUCCUGUUUGAACUCGGCUUAUGAACUCAGAUUGAUGAGUUUAGUUUCUGGCGCUGUGCUUAACCUCUCACUCAGACCUCACCCCCAUGUGCUAACUCAACCUGACUCCUGCACACCUCUGAACCCGAGGAGUAUAAAUCUGUCCCAUCAGCUGAAAGUGCGUUUCUACAAGGAGUCAGCUUUUCACAAAAUAAAAAAGAAGCCUUCUCUUUCCAGCAGACAUGUUUUGAGACAAAGUCUGCAGAACUUUCUGGAUUUGGAGAAACUUCAAAAUAACAUCUAAGGGUUUCUUUUUGAGCAGUAAAUCCCCCGGCUUUGUCUGUUUGUUCUGUUUGUCAUGAUUAUAGUGAAGUCUGGUUCUUGUAUUUGUAUUGUGGUCAAAACUGUUUACCCAAACUGG